AUGGCGACAUGGUCUUCGUGGGUGGACGAGUUACCCUGUUCCAACACCCAGUCCUCCAAACCCUUUAGGAGGAAGGCCUCAUCUGGCACUACCACGUCUGAACGGGCCAGAAGGGCCUUUACUGUGCCCAGGGCAAGACCAGUCCAGGCUGGGGAACGGAUCAGCGACUCACAGUUCCAGGCAAGGUAGCGCAGACAGGUUUCCUGCAGAACUGGGUCGCCUGUGCGGACUGAGUACUCGUACAGAGAGGUCUGGGUCUGGAAGGAGGCAUCCUCUGGGAGCAGCCAGGUGAAGAGCCUCCCUGCCGCCUCCUGAAGCUGCUUCAGACCCCAGUUGGACGCCAUCUUGUGGAUACACUGGGCAGAGGACACAGUGACGUUAAUCUGCCAUGUGUACAGAUACCUGGGGAAGAUAAAAAAUACAUGGAUUCUCUGCCACGACAAAGCUUUGCUUUGCUGAUUUUUUGGUUGUUGAUGUAACAGUAACUUGAUUAAAGUUUGUUAGCAGGUUGGUGCCGCCUUACCUCAGGAAGUCGGUGACAUGUGGCCGGCAGUUGAGGCUGACGUCUAGCUUGAGAUUACUGAGGUUCUCCUCUUGUGUGAUGUUUAAGAUGGAGGCAUUUGGGUCCAGAGUGACAAUCAGCUUGUGAACACAGAUGGUUUCCACAGUGCUGUUUGCAACCCGCACCAUGAUGUCAAAGUCACAGUCGCGUCCACUGUCAAACAGUGCCCCCAUGUGGUUAAAGAGGCCUGCGUUGUGGUCCAGGGUGUAGACGCGACUGUUAUUCUGAGACGAUUCUGAUCAAACAGAAAAAAUAUUGAUCGAGCACAUCAUAUGUUGAAUAGUACAAAUAGUAUAUCAACCAAAUAUCAGAAAUUGAUCAUACAUUUUCUUGAAAUUCAACAGACAUUCAUUGUAAACCUCUUUGAACAUGUAACAGUUGUAACAUCUCUAUUAGCAUCGCAAAGCGAGCCAUGGGCCAAUAACUUCUGCUACUAGAUGCUUAAAUUCUGUCUUAGUACCUUUCAAUGAUACUGUGUCUGGUUUUCUAGGGCUUUGUUUAUCAGUCAUUGUGGUCACUGCAGACCUGGGUUCAAAUAUUAUUUAGGGUAUUUCAAUUACUUUCAAAGACAAGGAGUUGAAUAUUGGAAUGCAUUUGGAAAUACACUUGGAAAGUUUUGGCAUGAAUUUGAAAAUAGUCAAAUACACUGACUCAAAUACACCCAUGCAUUUGGUCGGUUUGGUAUUUGAAAUCAUGUAUUUGGAAAUAAGUAUUUAAAAAUACCUUAAAAUAAUAGGCUAUUUAUAGGAAAUUAUUUGAAAAUACUUUCCAAUACUUAUUAUAGAACUUGAUUCCAGGCACAUUAUUUGAAAAUACUCAAAUACACAGAAAAUAAGUAUUGAAAUAACAAAUAACCAAAUACACAUGAACCUCUCUCGCAGACCACACCAGCAUCCUCAGCGUGUUGACAGUCAGUAACUCCCCAGCCUUUAAAGAGACAGUCGGACAAGUCUUUCUCUGUCCCCUCACAGCUUAGAUCAUCCAUCCAGAUAGGACCAUAUCCUGAGGCCGGAAUACAAACGUGUCACGGUUAAUUAAAAUAAACAGUGCAGACCUGCAUUGUAGGCUAUACACUGAGUGUACAAAACAUUAGGAACAUUAGGCUCUUUCCAUGACAUAGACUGACCAGGUGAAUCCAGGUGAAAGCUAUAAUCCCUUAUUGAUGUCACCUGUUAAAUCCACUUCAAUCAGUGUAGAUGAAGGAGAGAAGACAGGUUGAAGAAGGAUUUUUAAGCCUUCAGACAAUUAAGACAUGGAUCGUGUAUGUGUGCCAUUCAGAGGGUGAAUGGGCAAGACAAAAUAUAUAGUAGGGGUAUGGUAGUAGGUGCCUGGCGCACCGGUUUGAGUGUGUCAAGAACUGCAGCGCUGCUGGGUUUUUCACGCUUAACAGUUUUCAUGUGUAUCAAGAAUGGUCCACCACUCAAAGGACAUCCAGCCAACUUGACACAACUGUGGGAAGCAUUGGAGUCAACAUGGGCCAGCAUCCCUGUGGAACGCUUCCGACACCUUGUAGAGUCCAUGCCCCGACAAAUUGAGGCUGUUCUGAGGGCAAAAGGAGGUGCAACUCAGUAUUAGGAAGGUAGUCAAAUGUUUUGUACACUCAGUGUAUAUGGUUAUGAAUGGCUAUGAAUGGUGAGGUCAUACAGAUCCAACCUACCUUGUCCGUAUGUUCCACCCACCACAGCAGUGAGAGCACCAGGGUAGUUGAGAUGGCGACACACUACCUGUGCCUCAGUAAUGUCCCAGUUGUCAUCACACACGGUCCCCCACUGUCCAUUAUAGUAGAUCUCCACGCGGCCCUCAAAGGCCAGCUCACCCCCCACCAGCCUCAUGUGCCCAUUCUGUACCCCUGAAUGGAAGCAUUAGAAUACAGUCAGUAAGUCAGUCAAAUAGUCCCCCCAAAGCAGUGAUAAAUCUGGACACAGUGGAAAAUCUCCAUUGAAAUAGUCCAGGCCUAGGCUUAAUAGGUGUCUGGGAAAUGAUUUGCACUUGGAAAAUCAGUUUGAGGGUUUCCAGCCGCAGAGGACAACCACUGCAUGUACUCACCCACAGACAAGCUGACCAUGAGUAGAAGGACACAGGAAAUUAGGCAAUACUGCCCUGACAUGUUUCUAGCCAGGCUCCUGGUGAUAAGUAUCUGAAAAACAUGGGCAACGAAGAAUGUUGAGAUAUAAAAGUAUUAGAAUAGAAUACAGAAUAUACAAUAAUAAAAUACAACUUUAUUGCCCAUUAGUAAGACCAGAAAUGUGUUUUCUGACUUUCCCAAAGCCCCCCCAGAUACAUACACACAAACUAGGGAUGUUAACGGUUAACCUAGCCGGCGAAAAUACAUGCUUAUCAGUCUAUAGGUUAAUAUGCAUAAUUUAGUAGAAUUAAAUUGGUGCGUGUGUAUUUUCGUUAGUCGUCCUGCAUCUUAUGUAUCACAAGCACACAGCAUACAGAGCCUAGUUUGAGGAGCAGAAUAUCCUAUCACCUGUAAAACAGACCUAAAGUAGGUCGUCACUGGAGUGAAAGGUGCUUUUGCAAGCCCAGUCAUUGCGCAACAAAUAACAAUUCUAAAUGUAUAAUACAUUUUUUAAAUAAACAACUUAUUUACAUAAGUAUUCAGACCCUUUGCUAUGAGACUCGAAAUUGAGCUCAGGUCCCUCCUGUUUCCAUUGAUCAUCCUUGAGAUGUUUCUACAACUUGAUUGGACAUGAUUUGGAAAGGUACACACCUGUCUAUAUAAGGUCCCACAGUUGACAGUGCAUGUCAGAGCAAAAACCAAGCCAUGAGGUCGAAGGAAUUGUGGAUUGUGUCGAGGCACAGAUGUGGGGAAGAGUAUCAAAACAUUUCUGCACCAUUGAAGGUCCCCAAGAACACAGUGGCCUCCAUCAUUCUUAAAUGGAAGAAGUUUGUAACCACCAAGACUCUUCCUAGAGCUGGCCGCCCGGCCAAACUGAGCAAUCGGGGGAGAAGGGCCUUGGUCAGGGAGGUGACCAAGAACCCGAUGGUCACUCUGACAGAGCUCCAGAGUUCCACUGUUGAGAUAGGAGAACCUUUCAGAAGGACAACCAUCUCUGCAGCACUCCACCAAUCAGGCCUUUAUGGUAGAGUGGCCAGACGGAAGCCACUCCUCAGCUUGGAGUUUGCCAAAAGGCACCUAAAGGACUCUCAGACCAUGAGAAACAAGAUUCUCUGGUCUGAUGAAACCAAGAUUUAACUCUUUGGCCUGGCGGAAACCUGGCACCAUCCCGACGGUGAAGCAUGGUGGUGGCAGCAUCAUGCUGUGGGGAUAUUUUUCAGCGGCAGGGACUGGGAGACUAGUCAGGAUCGAGGGAAAGAUGAACGGAGCAAAGUACCCUGAGAUCAUUGAUGAAUACAGUGAGGGAAAAAAGUAUUUGAUCCCCUGCUGAUUUUGUACGUUUGCCCACUGACAAAGACAUGAUCAGUCUAUAAUUUUAAUGGUAGGUUUAUUUGAACAGUGACGGACAGAAUAACAACAAAAAAAUCCAGAAAAACGCAUGUAAAAAAUGUUAUAAAUUGAUUUACAUUUUAAUGAGGGAAAUAAGUAUUUGACCCCUCUGCAAAACAUGACUUAGUACUUGGUGGCAAAACCCUUGUUGGCAAUCACAGUGGUCAGACAUUUCUUGUAGUUGGCCACCAGGUUUGCACACAUCUCAGGAGGGAUUUUGUCCCACUCCUCUUUGCAGAUCUUCUCCAAGUCAUUAAGGUUUCGAGCCUGACGUUUGGCAACUCAAACCUUCAGCUCCCUCCACAGAUUUUCUAUGGGAUUAAGGUCUGGAGACUGGCUAGGCCACUCCAGGACCUUAAUGUGCUUCUUCUUGAGCCACUCCUUUGUUGCCUUGGCCGUGUGUUUUGGGUCAUUGUCAUGCUGGAAUACCCAUCCACGACCCAUUUUCAAUGCCCUGGCUGAGGGAAGGAGGUUCUCACCCAAGAUUUGACGGUACAUGGCGCCGUCCAUCGUCCUUUUGAUGCGGUGAAGUUGUCCUGUCCCCUUAGCAGAAAAACACCCCCAAAGCAUAAUGUUUCCACCUCCAUGUUUGACGGUGGGGAUGGUGUUCUUGGGGUCAUAGGCAGCAUUCCUCCUCCUCCAAACACGGCAAGUUGAGUUGAUGCCAAAGAGCUCGAUUUUGGUCUCAUCUGACCACAACACUUUCACCCAGUUCUCCUCUGAAUCAUUCAGUUGUUCAUUGGCAAACUUCAGACGGCCCUGUAUAUGUGCUUUCUUGAGCAGUGGGACCUUGCGGGCGCUGCAGGAUUUCAGUCCUUCACUGCGUAGUGUGUUACCAAUUGUUUUCUUGGUGACUAUGGUCCCAGCUGCCUUGAGAUCAUUGACAAGAUCCUCUCGUGUAGUUCUGGGCUGAUUCCUCACCGUUCUCAUGAUCAUUGCAACUCCACUAGGUGAGAUCUUGCAUGGAGCCCCAGGCCGAGGGAGAUUGACAGUUAUUUUGCGUUUCUUCCAUUUGCGAAUAAUCGCACCAACUGUUGUCACCUUCUCACCAAGCUGCUUGGCGAUGUUCUUGUAGCCCAUUCCAGCCUUGUGUAGGUCUACAAUCUUGUCCCUGACAUCCUUGGAGAGCUCUUUGGUCUUGGCCAUGGUGGAGAGUUUGGAAUCUGAUUGAUUGAUUGCUUCUGUGGACAGGUGUCUUUUAUACAGGUAACAAGCUGAGAUUAGGAACACUCCCUUAAAGAGUGUGCUCCUAAUCUCAGCUCGUUACCUGUAUAAAAGACACCUGAGAGCCAGAAAUCUUUCUGAUUGAGAGGGGGUCAAAUACUUAUUUCCCUCAUUAAAAUGCAAAUCAAUUUAUAACAUUUUUGACAUGCGUUUUUCUGGAUUUUUUGUUGUUAUUCUGUCUCUCACUGUUCAAAUAAACCUACCAUUAAAAUUAUAGACUGAUCAUUUCUUUGUCAGUGGGCAAACGUACAAAAUCAGCAGGGGAUCAAAUACUUUUUUCCCUCACUGUACCUGCUCCAGAGUGCUCAGGACCUCAGACUGGGGCAAAGGUUCAACCUUCCAACAGGACAACAACCCUAAGCACACAGCCAAGGCUACGCAGGAGUGGUUUCGGGACAUUUUACGUCAUUUAGCAGACACUCUUAACCAGAGCAACUUACAGUUAGUGAAUGCAUACAUUUUUUUAUUUAUAUAUAUAUAUUUUUUCAUACUGACCCCCGUGGGAAACGAACCGACAUCCCUGUCGGCCAAACCCUCCCCUACCUUGGACGACGCUGGACCAAUCGUGCGCCACCCAUGGGUCUCCCGGUCGCAGCCGGCUGCGACAGAGCCUGGACUCGAACCAGGAUCUCUAGUGGCACAGCGAUGCAGUGCCUUAUACCACUGCGCCACUCGGGAGGACAAGUCACUGAAUGUCCUUGACAAGUCCUGAAUGUCUCUAAAUGAACCCAAUCGAACAUCUCUGGAGAGAAGAAUGGGAGAAACUCCCUAAAUACAGGUGUGCCAAGCUUGCAGCCUCAUACCCAAGAAGACUCUCGAGGCUGUAAUCACUGUCAAAGGUGCUUCAACAAAGUACUGAGUAAAGGGUCUGAAUAGUAUGUAAAUGUAAUAUUUCCGUUUUUUCUUUUUAAUACAUUUGCUAAAAUGUAUAAAAACCUGUUUUUGCUUUAUCAUUAUGGGGUAUUGUUUGUAGAUUGAUCGGGGGGGGGGGGGGGGGACUAUUUAAUCAAUUUUAGAAUAAGGCUGUAACUUAACAAAAUGUGGAAAAAGUCAAGGGGUCUGAAUACUUUCCGAAUGCACUGUAUCAUCGCGUCACCCACCACUUCGCAACGUGAGCUUGAGGCAGUAAUUGUCUGAAAGCUUUACUUCAAAUAAUGAGGCAUGUUUUAUCUUGCUUCAAAGUAGCCUUGCGAAAAUCCAUCCAUAGAAACGUGGAGGCAAUUCUUUUAUAAAGACUUCCUGAUGCCAUUAAUCAGCAUUUCUCUCCUGUUCUAUUGGUUUUCAUAUAAACUUUAUUUCGUUGUUCAGAAGCCGAAGGCACAAUCCUAGUUAUAUUAGCAACUCAUCCUAGUUGUGGUUAUAGAUUCCCCCUCUUUCUAAAUUUCAAACGGAGAUUUCCAUCUCUGUCAAUUUGGAACCGCUCGCAUUAGGUGCACUGCUUAGAACGGUGUUUUCCAGCGAAUUGCAUUUUUGAAAAUGACUUUUUAUUAACUGCUUCAUUACAAGAGUUGCAUGUUCAAUAAUAGGCUAUAGCAUUUUGACUGUAAGGCGAUAGGCUUGCUAUUGUUGCAUGUUUCCAUUAAGCUCUUAAUGAAAGAUGUGCGGUCCUUACAUGCAUGCAUAGUAUCAGAGAGGAAGAGGCGAAGCGAGAGGUUUCACUCUUGCCUAAAUCUGUCCAGAACAAGCGUUUCUUUAUGUCGCCUGGCUUCCAGCCUUGGGACGACUACCAUUGUUAGGGCGGAGAAAUAAGCAUCUCGUCAUUAUAUACAGAUCUCUGAUAGCAUUUUCUGUUGGGCAUGUCAUUUUACUGUUUGGAAAAAAUGUAACCAUUUGUUAACCAAAUGUAACCAUUUCUAAACCGAUUAAUGAGGGUCAGUUAGUCGGCAACAAAAUUGACCGAAAUUUGCAUCCCUAACACAAACUAAAGGAACAUACUGUGCAACAUUUCCGAAAAUAUCCAGCAAUCAAAGAAAUGACAGACUGAAAUGCACACUAAAAGCAUAAUAAAGAAUUACUGACUGAAAUGCACACUAAAAACAUAAUAAAGCCAUUACAGAGGCAUACACUACUUCAAAUAUAAAAUCAGAACUGCUACUGCAAUUUUUUAAAGACAGACAAUUUACACUGUAGAUUGUUACAAUAGUUAACCACUGAUCACAUAUUUUAAUUGUUCCCUCCAGUAUUAUUUGCUUUUUGUAUUUCAGUCUCUUUAAUCAUUGUACAUUCAAAUGUUUUUCAAGAAAAUAAUACUCUACCAAUCGCUUCCUUAAAUUGUCUCGCAGUGCCUUGCAGUCAGCAUCUGGUACCUCUGAAUAAAUACCACACUUUGGGAGUUGAUAAUCACUUUUUCUACAGGGAUAAUCCCCUCCCUCCUCGUCCUAGAGGGCUGGCCAAAUGCAUGAGUUUCGUUUCUUCAGAAAUUGCACCACCUCGUGCAAUGCUCAAAUUACAUUGAAUAGGCUAUGCAUGCAUUGUUAGGCCCCGUGUAGCUCAAUUGGUAGAGCAUGGCGUUUGCAACGACAGGGGUGUGGGUUCGUUUCCCACGGGUGGCCAGUAUAAAAAUAAAAUAAAAUGUAUGCACGUCCUAUGUAGGGCUAGCUAUGAAUAUGCCAUGUAUUUCACAAAUGUGUUUAUGACCAAGCAUGCUGGAUUCCCAAAAUUGCAUUACCACGAACGCUGGGUUAUAAACAUGUUAAUACCCAAAAGAGACACUCUGGCGGAGUUACUUCAUUUUUUAUUUUUUAUAAAAAAAAUCAUUUUUUAUUUUUUAUAAAAAAAUUCUUAAGUUUGGUUUUUAAACUUUUGGUCCACUUAGGAGCCUACAACAAGUCACAGUAAAACAUGAACAUUUUUAACCAUAACAUUUGGGGGAAAAAAUGGUAUACAAUCUACAUUAACAAUCUAAAUGGACCAAAAAGAGACAAUAGAAAAAACUGUCAAUGGCAAUGUGAGAAAAUGAUGGUAACUAGUCUGGCCCUAAUUCAGGUCAAAAUAAAUAAUAAUCCAGACCCCCCCUCCACACACACACAGGCUGUGCUGGCUCACAGAAAGAGUGGGUCAUCGUAAUUUUGGUCAAGGCUCUCUAUGGCUGGUUCAGCAACUGAGGGAGCUGACUUAAAUGAGUAAGCAGCGGAUGUGCCAAAAAGCUGCAAAACAUUAUCAGACAGCUGGUGCUCAUAGCAAGCCUCACCAGACAGCUUCAGUCCAUGUCGAAUGUACAGGAUGGAGUUAAGGGUCUGCAAGGACAUCCGAUUUCUAAGUUUGCUUUUUACCACACUCAUCUGGCUGAAUACUCUCUCAACUUCAGCAUUCGAGUGUGGCAAGGACAACACAGACACAGCAGCCAUGGCAAGUUCUUGAAACGGGUUGAUAUCAGCUGCAUCCCUGAACUUCCAAAUCUCACUCACUGUGUUUUUUGUCUCAUUCCAUUUACUAAGAUGGAUGGCAUGCCAUUGCUGGACAAUCUUGUCUAUCUCUGCAGGGGAUUAGCCAAGGAGCUUGGCUAUUUUUUCUAUUUCUCCAGGGCUCUUAUUGUGCUUUAGAGUUUCCUCCACAAUGAAAACUGACAUGUACUGCAAUGCUUCGAUAUUGUCCGGCAGUCUCACCCUCAACUCAUUAGUGAGGGAGAUGGUGAAGGCUACACACCGCUUUCGGACAUUGUUUUCAUCCUCAGGCGCAAGGUGGAGCACAGCUGCCUUUGACUCAAAAAGGUAACCAAGGUACGGUUUGGGACUGAUGUAUCCAUCUAUUGGCCCUUUGAGUACAUCAACAUUUGCAUGUGGAUUCAGCACCCUGCUGCUCACAGACUUGAUCAGGCUAACCAAGCUGUCAAGUAGCUUAAGAGGAUCUACUUGCUCUCCCUCAAAAGCCUUGAUGGCCAACUGUACCUCACCCAGCACUGACUUCAAAAAAGUCAGAUACAAUAUGUUUUGAGGAUCACUAUACAUGGAGUAUAAAACCUCAGCCAUGUAGCAGUGUUCACUGGACUUGGUGACUGCGAAAUGCAGCCUAAGCUCCUCCCACUGGUCCAAAAUGCAUGAAACCACGGGUUCAAUGGAGUGCCAACGUGUGGCACACAUCUUGGUUAUCUGUAAAGGUUUCUCCCCACAGUUGAUGGUCUCAUAUAUGGCCUUUUAGGCCUCCCUGCACUUUGGAGACACUGAAAACCAGCUAUAAGUCUCUCGUACCAAGUACUCCACACUGCGGGGGAUGGUGUCAUUGGAAGCAUGACUUACAGCAAGCUGCAGAGAGUGGCACACACAGCGAAUAAGAACCAGAUCUUUGACGCCAUACUCCUCCUUUAGCACUUUAUGGACCCCGUUGUUAAUCCCCGUCAUAACAGAGGCAUUGUCAGUCCAUAUCCCCAGGAGUUUCUCUUUUUUAAGACAACAGUUCUCGAGGAAAGCCACAACAGCACAGGCUAUAGAUUUGGCAUCUCCUCCCUCUAACUCAGCAGUGGAGUCUGAGAAAGCAGCUCUACAUGCUUCUCCAAUGUGAUCACAUGCCAUCAUGGAACAGUAUUCAGCGAUAGCUAAUGCCAUGGUGGCAGCUUGUUUUGGGUGGAACUGUUAUAAGGCUUUGCCUUUUGAGUAUGUUUUUGAGUUGUCAUAUGUUUUUUUACAUCACUAAGUUUGGCGUAGAAAUCAGCCUUACAAUACAGGCAGUAUGCCCGUGUAUCAUCUCCAAUAAACGGCUUCAAACAGCCUUUGAAUUCAGGGUUUGAUUCCCACUCCUUUCUGUAUUUUUGAGUGUACAGUUUAGACUGAGACAUGAUGAGCUAGCCAGCCAGAUGUUUAGCUUAUGUCACAGAGAGGCACACACACAGUGGACGAGGUUAGUAAGUGACUGAGGCUGUGGGAGUCAAAUGCAGUGAUUUAUUUUUGUGCAGUGAUUUCUUUUAGACAAAGAACAUUUUACAUUUACAUUCAGGGCGGGAUCAGCCAGCGGCGGCUUCCCGCAUGCGCAAUUCAUUUGUAGUCUGGACGCGGAGGGGUGAACAUCUCCUGCUCUGACUGCAGCUGGGAAGGACUGCUGCGCGAGGACUGGGCCGCCUGUGAGGCCCACGGCAGCACCCGCUGCUCGUUGAGAAGAGUAAGAACGAUACAUGCUUUCACGUCAGAGUCUCCAAAAGUCUCCAAUAACACCAGAAAAAGUCGCUAGAUUUGUCGCUAGUCGAUUUUUUGAAAAUGUGUCGCUAGAGGGGUCUGAAUACUCGCUAAAUAUAGCGACAAAGUCGCUAAAUUGGCAACACUGCCACAAGCAAGGAACAAGCAGCUUUCAGUAAAGUGAUGAGUUUCCUUCAAGAGAGGGAUAAUGGCAACAAGACGGUGCGCAGCUGCAUGCUGACAGGUUUUGACUCAAAACACUGGAAAGACUUGCUUUGAGUAGAACUGGAGUUUGCGCAAGUUGCCAGUCUCUUCCUGGCUCGGUUCACCGCCUGGAUGAUAGUGAUGUGCAGUUCGCGAAUGAUUUGUUCUUUUUGAACGGCUUUUUUGCUUACUCGAGAGUCGUGAUUCGUCUUUCUGAGUGACUCGUUCAUUUUACCUGCUAGUCCUAGCCGCAAUGAGUCAUACAGCAGGAUUAAUUGUCUGGCACAGUGGACGCGUCAUCAUAAUACCCAUAAAACCUAGCGGUCAAACACGGAAAUGGUUCCAAUCGUUUUUUCACCAUUCAUUUUUCACAUCAUGAAUUUUACAAACAAUUCAAACUAAGUAUUUGUUUGGUGUAGGCUUACUUUGGCAUGACAUUUUGAUAACCGCUCUCUCACAAAUUUAGUUUUAUCAAUACAUUUGCCCAGGGGUGAAAGUAGAUUUAAUUGCUUCCCCAUACAGGACCUCCCACUCACAUGCACCAAAAUAUGUAUGUGCCCUGGAAGUUCUGCCGCCCUAGACAAGACAAAAAAUAGCCACCCCCCUCCUAUCCAAGCUAAACUAAAAUAGGCUAGUGUAUAGCAGGGGUCAGUUUUAUGUUAAAUUAAUUAAUUUGACUCCGUCUCAGCAGCCUGGAGAGGCGCGCUGGGCAUGGACAAGCUAAAUAUUUUGCGCCCCUGCCUUUGGGAAAGUGGGCACUGCUUAUCAUGAAACAGCUUCUAUCUCAAGGCCAUCAGACUGUUAAACAGCCAUCACUAGCACAUUAGAGGCUGCUGCCGAUAGACAUAGACUAGAAAUCACUGGCCACUUUAAGAAAUGGAACACUAGCCACUUUAAUAAUGUUUACAUAUGCAUUACUCAUCUCAUAUGUAUAUACAGUAUUCUAUACUAUUCUACUGUAUCUUAGUCCAUGCUGCUCUGACAUUGCUCGUCCAUAUACAGUACCAGUCAAAAGUUUGGACACACCUACUCAUUCAAGGGUUUUUCUUUAUUUGUACUAUUUUGUACAUUGUAGAAUAAUGGUGAAGACAUCAAAACUAUGAAAAACACAUCAGGAAUCAUGUAGUAACCAAAAAAGUGUUAAACAAAUCCAAAUAUAUUUUAUAUUUGAGAUUCUUCAAAUAGCCACCCUUUGCCUUGAUGACAGCUUUGCACACUCUUGGCAUUCUCUCAAACAGCUUCACCUUGAUUGCUUUUCCAACAGUCUUAAAGGAGUUCCCACAUAUGCCUAGCACUUGUUGGCUGAUUUUCCUUCACUCUGCUGUCCGACUCUUCCCAAACCAUCUCAGUUGGGUUGAUGUCGGGGGAUUGUGGAGGCCAGGUCAUCUGAUGCAGCACUCCAUCACUCUACUUCUUGGUAAAAUAGCCCUUACACACUCCUGGAGGUGUGUUGGGUUAUUGUCCUGUUGAAAAACAAAUGAUAGUCCCACUAAGAGCAAACCAGAUGGGAUGGCGUAUUGCUGCAGAAUGAUGUGGUAGCCAUACUGGUUAAGUGUGCCUUGAAUUCUUAAUAAAUCAUAGACAGUGUCACCAGCAAAGCACCCCCACACACUAAAACCUCCUCCUCCAUGCUUUACGAUGGGAAAUACACAUGUGGAGAUCAUCCGUUCACCCACACCGCGUCUCACAAAGACACGGUGGUUGGAACCAAAAAUCUCCAAUUUGGACUAAUUUCCACCGGUCUAAUGUCCAUUGCUUGUGUUUCUUGGCCCAAGCAAGUCUCUUCUUCUUAUUGGUUUCCUUUAGUAGUGGUUUCUUUGCAGCAAUUCGACCACGAAGGCCUGAUUCACACAGUCCCCUCUGAACAGUUGAUGUUGAGAUGUGUCUGUGACUUGAACACUGUGAAGCAUUUAUUUGGGCUGAAAUUUCUGAGGCUGGUAACUCUACUGAACUUAUCCUCUGCAGCAGAGGUAACUCUGGGUCUUCCAUUCCUGUGGUGGUCCUCAUGAGAGCCAGUUUCAUCAUAGCGCUUGAUGGUUUUUGCGACUGCACUUGAAGAAACGUUCAAAGUUCUUAAGAUUUUCCUUAUUGACUGACCUUCAUGUCUUAAAGUAAUGAUGGAUUGUUGUUUCUCUUUGCUUAUUUGAGCUGUUCUUGCCAUAAUAUGGACUUGGUCUUUUACCAUAUAGGGCUGUCUUCUGUAUACCCCCCUACCUUGUCACAACACAACUGAUUGGCUCAAACGCAUUAAGAAGGAAAGAAAUUCCACAAAUUAACUUUUAAGAAGGCACACCUGUUAAUUGAAAUGCAUUCCAGGUGACUACCUCAUGAAGCUGGUUGAGAAAAUGCCAAGAGUGUGCAAAGCUGUCAUCAAGGCAAAGGGUGGCUAUUUGAAGAAUCUCAAAUAUAAAAUAUAUUUUGAUUUGUUUAACACCUUUUGGUUACUACAUGAUUCCAUAUGUGUUAUUUCAUAGUUUUGAUGUCUUCAUUAUUAUUCUACAAUGUAAAAAUAGUAAUAAUAAAGAAAAACCCUUGAAUGAGUAUGUGUGUCCAAAACCUUCACUGGUAGUGUAUGUACAGUUGAUGUCGGAAGUUUACAUACUGUGAUGAGUGUGAUAGAAGGAGUCAGGCGCAGGAGGAUAAUCACCGAAUGCAGAGUUUAUUCCGUCGUACACAAAUAGCGCUGGAUAGCGACAAACGAAACAGGCACAGGGGAAAAUCUACCCUGGCAAUACAAGGUAACGGUAACUCCAACAAUAACAGGCACAGGGGAAAUAUCUACCCCGGCAAUAGAAAUGUACGAGUAGCUCCACCGAGCUACACUACUCUCAAGAAUAAACAAUCACCCACAAGGACAAGGAGGGCAGAGGGAACACUUAUACAUGGACUAAUGAGGGGAUAAGAACCAGGUGUGGCUAGUAAGCUGGUGACGACGAACACUGAAGCCUGCCCGAACAAGGAGGGGAGGCAGCCUCGGCGGAAGUCGUGACACAUACACAUAGGUAAUCAUUAAAACUCGUUUUUCAACCACUCCACAAAUUUCUUGUUAACAAACUAUAGUUUUGGCAAGUCGGUUAGGACAUCUACGUUGUGCAUGACACAAGUAAUUUUUCCAACAAUUGUUUACAGACACAUUAUUUCACUGUAUCACAAUUCCAGUCGGUCAGAGUUUUACAUACACUAAGUUGACUGUGCCUUUAAACAGCUUGGAAAAUUCCAGAAAAUGAUGUCAUGGCUUUAGAAGCUUCUGAUAGGCUAAUUGACAUCAUUUGAGUCAAUUGGAGGUGUACCUGUAGAUGUAUUUCAAGGCGUACCUUCAAACUCAGUGCCUCUUUGCUUGACAUCAUGGGAAAAUCAAAAGUAAUCAGCCAAGAACUCACAAAAAAAAUUGUAGACCUCCACAAGUCUGAUUCAUCCUUGGGAGCAAUUUCCAAACACCUGAAGGUACCACGUUCAUCUGUACAAACAAUAGUACACAAGUAUAAACACCAUGGGACCACGCAGCCGUCAUACCGCUCAGGAAGGAGACGCGUUCUGUCUCCUAGAGAUGAACGUACUUUGGUGCGGAAAGUGGAAAUCAAUCCCAGAACAACAGCAAAGGACCUUGUGAAGAUGCUGGAGGAAACAGGUACAAAAGUAUCUAUAUCCACAGUAAAACUAGUCCUAUAUCGACAUAACCUGAAAGGCUGCCCAGCAAGAAAGAAGCCACUGCUCCAAAGCCGCCAUAAAAAAGUCAGACUACGGUUUGCAACUGCACAUGGGGACAAAGAUCGUACUUUUUGGAGAAAUGUUCUCUGGUCUGAUUAAACAAAUAUAGAACUGUUUGGCCAUAAUGACCAUCGUUAUGUUUGGAGGAAAAAUGAGGUGGCUUGCAAGCCGGAGAACACCAUCCCAAACGUGAAGCACGGGGGUGGCAGCAUCAUGCUGUGGGGGUACUUUGCUGCUGGAGGGAUUGGUGCACUUAACAAAAUAGAUGGCAUCACGAGGAAGGAAAAGUAUGUGGAUAUAGUGAAGCAACAUCUCAAGACAUCAGUCAGGAAGUUAAAGCUUGGUCGCAAAUGGUUCUUCCAAAUGGACAAUGACCCCAAGCAUACUUCCAAAGUUGUGGCAAAAUGGCUUAAGGACAACAAAGUCAAGGUAUUGGAGUGGCCACCACAAAGCCCUGACCUCAAUCCUAUAGAACAUUUGUGGGCAGAACUGAAAAAGCAUGUGCGAGCAAGGAGGCCUACAAACCUGACUCAGUUACACCAGCUGUCAGGAGGAAUGGGCCAACAUUCACCCAACUUAUCAUGGGAGGCUUGUGGAAGGCUACCUGAAACAUUUGCCCCAAGUUAAACAAUUUAAAAGCAAUGCUACCAAAUACUAAUUGAGUGUAACUUCUGACCCACUGGGAAUGUGAUGAAAGAAAUAAAAGCUGAAAUAAAUCAUUCUCUCUACUAAAAUUCUGACAUUUCACAUUCUUACAAUAAAGUGGUGAUCCUAACUGACCCAAGACAGGGCAUUCUUACUAGGAUUAAAUGUCAGGAAUUGUGAAAAACUGAGUUUAAAUGUAUUUGGCUAAGGUGUAUGUAAACUUCCGACUUCAACUGUAUAUAUUCUUAAUUCAUUCCCUACUUAGAUUUGUGUGUAUUGGGUAUAUGUUCUGAAAUUGUUAGAUAUUACUUUUUAGAUAUUACUGCACUGUCGGAGCUAGAAGCACGAGCAUUUCGCUACACCCGCAAUAACAUCUGCUAAACACGUGUAUGUGACCAAUAAAAUUUGAUUUGAUUUAGUACAACACAAUUCACAUUGUAUUUUAUCAUGGGCACAGUGGGAAUUUAUAUCUGUGAUGUUAAAAUUAUGUCUUACACCCAGAGUGAGAGAGAAUGAGAGAGAGAGUACGUCACUUCCAGCAGAUCUCCUUGCUGAGGGUGGCGUUGAUCAGGCACUGCUUCUCGUGGGGUGAGCCUGAUGUUCUUCAUGUCACGCAUCAUGUCUAAAACAUGGGGAAAGGGGACAUAAAGUCAACAUUUCGAAUCAUCUACAAAUGCAAUGUUUUACACAAUAUUGUAUCACAUUUGAUGUGUUACUGACCUGUCUGUCCACAGGCUUGAUCUGCUGUAGUCUCUGCAACUGGACGGUUGUGCUCGGAUCACACUGGCACAAGAUAACCAUGCAUUGGAUGGCCUGAGGGAUGCACUCCUGUUGGACUGGAAAACAAAGAGUAAUUUGGUCAGUCGUAGGUCUUUUUCAAUGCCGUAUCAACAUCUUUAUCUGGACAGAAAAUGCAUUGUUUAUCAUAACACAAACCCACCUUGGACAAUGUGACAAGAGGUCCCUCAACACCCAAUCCUCAUGUCUCAUUGUUUGUUCUCAUUUCCCAAUCAACUGUCUGGAUCUUCCUCUUCUGCCAUGGUGGAUGAGCUACCUUUUCUGGUAAAUACAGGGCCAUUUCUCUUUCCCACCGGAAAAUGGCAGCUGCAGACCUGAGUGUUGUCACUGGGUUUCCGGUCUGCCCAUCUGAAAGACAAAAAAAGUUCAUUUUAUUAGCUAGUUAAGUUGAUUACUAAAAUGGUAACAUCUUUACUAAAAUACCAUAACCCACAGACUUGACUAUAGUAAUGGUAAAAUAGACUAGGCUUUGGUCUGUCUGCACAUCUAAAAUCCUACUAUGUGGAUGGGACAUUUCUGCUGGGAUGGAGGAAUUAUCUGGAAUGCUAAACUAGAUGAUCAGGACAGUCUAGGGUACUAUUUGCCCAAAGAGGUCAAGUAUUGCGAUGAGCUAAACUCAGUCCUUAAUUUGUACAUCGGCAGGUGUCGGAACAAAAAGUGAGUGCGAGAGUGGGGUGACAUGGGGAGUUCUGAGGUACCAGAACCCAUGAGGGGAAAAAAAUAAAUUCAUCUUUAUAAUAAAGCAUUGCAUGCAUAUCAUCGCAUUUGCGUGUGGCAUACAGCAGUAGAGUAGAGGCACUUAUAGAAGUUGAACACAUUGGCAAAAAAAAUUGUAACCUAGGGUCUGGGAAAAUGUUGGUCUUUUAUAAACGCAUUUCAUGCUAUGCUACGUCUAUUUACAUGACUGGAGACUUUGCCAUAAUAUUUUUUAAUACCGCACAAAUGAUCGAAAUGGCAGGCUACUUUAACACUGACAAACUGUGAACCUGAGAUCAAUAAAAACGACCUUGUCUUGAAUCCAUCAAUAGCCUAGGUGUGUGGAGACACAUAUUGUAGACUACAAUAUGAGGAGGAAAUUAUUGUCCUAAAAAUGCUUUCCAUUUUCAGUGACUCACCCAAUGAUGCGCAGCUCACUCGCUGGUGAUGGCCGAUGCUCUCGAGCCAAAAAGCCUAUCUCUCUUUUGUAAAAAAUAAUAUUUGGAAGUUGAUCAAAUAUUUUGGUAGCCUACAGCAUAGAGUCUUCUCUUCACAGCAGGAGGCAUUUGCUUUCCAACUUGUGUUUUCCCUUUAUUGUAUUUUGAAAUAUUGCGAAAGCCACGUUUUGUCUGCGUGCUGUUUUUUCACUAGAUUUGCUAAGCGUUCCCGACUGUAUGCUAUUCCUUGUUAUUAGGCAACAAUCCACAGCUAACGAUCCUCUUUCGCAAAAUUAUAGGCGUUCUCAUGGUGUAGUAGGCUAUUCUGAAUGAUUUCAUUUAUUUCUGAACAGACAGUAGUAAUUCUAUAACUUUGGCAAAUGUAUUUCAAUGUAUCAGGGGUGCUGCAAUUUGUUUAGAACCCUUCGCGUGGCUAUGAUUCUAUAAGGAAAUAAAUGAAGUGUUGAAGAGUUGCAGGCUCAUGUCUAUCAGAUUCAGAGUAGAGAGAGGGAGAGAGAUCAUAGAAAGUGAAUCUCAUUCUAGUUAUGUGAGACAUACUGGCGCGCUUCUCACACAACCACCACCACGCAUUGGUCUCAAACUUAGGUUAGAAUGUUGCACAAACCAUAAACCCGUGCCGGCCCAAACCAAAUCAACUCUUUGAAUAUUAGGCCCGGGCUGAAAAUCUACUUUUUCACAUUAUGUUUUCUUGUGGGGGCAGGAAAAUUAACUAAGUGGCAACUCGGUCGCUUUUAUUAGAAUGUUUUAUUUGCAAAAAGUUACAAUUAUUUUUCAUGCCAGGAGAGGUACCGGAUCCGGCCUAAUAGGUUCCGGAACAAAACAGUCCAAAACGGAGCGGUGCCACAGGAUCCGGUUCAAAUUAAGCACUGGAUACUACUGUACUUCUGAUUCUUAUUCUCAAGAGGAAAGUUAAAACCCUCAGCCUGAGGUCACUAAGGAGGACCAACAGUGAUAAGGGGGAUCUUCUGAAAGGGACUGACAUGCAGGGAUGGAUCAUAAGGAUUUUGGGCACUGGCCAGCAGAUUACAAUUUCUACUAGCCCGGGUAACAUUCAGGUCCUAAAUCUGUGGCAUGUGAUGUUUGUUAAGGCAAAAUUUCACUGCUGUGUCAGGCUAGUUUGGCACAUUUUCUACUAGCCAUUUUACUAUUGUGUCAGGAUAGUUUGGCACAUUGUCUACUAGCCCAGUCUGAAAAGUACUAGCCUCGGGCUAGCUUAAUUUCCAUCUCUGCUGACAUGUAUAACUGACUUCACGGGUCAUUUGAUUAGUCAUGUACAACAGAUGCGCUCGUGGAACAACAGGAAAACAUUGAGCCCACAAGUCCUGUGUGAGCUAUCUAGCCAGCUAGUUAACGUUAGCUCAACAUUCGUGUAGUCAGACUUUUUCCCAGCCCCCACGGGUGGUGACAUGCUAGCUAGGGGAUAUUUAACGUUAGCUAGUUAGCGCUAAUUGCUAACGUUAGGCACAUUCGCUAGAAUGUCACCGCCUGUCGGGAAAGUCUGACUACACCAGGGUGAGAUACAGUGCAACGUUAGCUAGCUAACAUUAGCUAAUGUAGCCAACUAGCCAACCAAUGUGCCUAAUUAGCUAGCCCACCAGGCGAUAUUUAGCUAGCUAUAUCCCUGCCCUGGUGGGAUAAUGUUAGUUAGCAUGUCACCAAGCGAAAAACUACUUGUCGAUGAGAGUUUGCGUGGAGAAAUGUGAGGUUUUUCCCACCCUACGUCAAAGCUUGCGACAGGAUGUGUAGUUCUGUAUGAUAGCCACAUUAGCAGCUAAUUAGCAUUUCAUUUUGGGGGGGUAAUUACAGGCGAAUAUAUUGAUAAAAGUUACCUUACCCGAGAGAGAUUUGUGCGGUUAUCAAAGCGUCAUGCCAGGUUAAGCCUAAACGAAACACAGACCUUAUAUGAAGUAGUUCUAAAAUCCCCUACGGAAAAAUGAAUGGUGGAAAAACGAUUGGAACCAUUUCCGGGUUGUACUGCUCGGUUUUAUGGGUAUUAUGACUCAUACUGUGGUACUCAAUACACGCUCCUCCGGCUCAGCGCCUCCAGACGUUUCUUCUUCAUCUUCUUCAAUGGGGUUUAAUGGCGGUUGGCAUCCAAUUUGUUGCAUUACCGCCACCUACUAGACUGGAGUACAACUCCCUUAUCUAUUCCUUUGAAAAAUAAAAUAAAACAAAGCAAAGAAAUACCCUACCAUCUAACACUACACUUACAAAUUCAAAACUAUUACUAAUAAUUAACCCCACCCUUCUCCACUAUUUAAAUAUACUCACUCCUACCUCAUGUCCUCAUCCUGAAAUGAUGAGACAUCACCACUUAACACUCCCUGUAACUCUUCUGCUGUCAAGUCUCGCACACCCAAAUAUCUCUCUGCAGCUGCCACCACAAUCUAAAUUUUCUUCGACUUGCGUUCCAUCCCUGCAGUACAAUUAAUAACCAUUGCUAUAAACGCUAAAAAUCCAAACUUACUGAAACAUAUAUCACUUGCUUGCCUAUCCCCCUGUACUGGUACAUACCUCCUACUCUCCCCCCCCCCCCCCCCCCCCCCAUUGACCCCCCUUCCUCUACUCUCUUCACUGCCUCCGCAAAUGACAACUUCUUCUCUACUAAAACCCUGGAAACCUCAACCUGCUACUCUCGAACAGGACAUGUCUGAUCCCCAGCCCCAUGGCCACCCCUACAAUUAGCACAUACCACCACUUUCCCCACUACUUCACACUCCUUUGUCUCAUGCCCUUCUGCACACUUCUCACACCUUGGAAUCUCCCACCUACAUACUGCUGCCACAUGCCCAUAAGUUUGACACCUGUAACAUCGUAAUGUACUCGGCACAUAAGCUCGCACAGGAUAACUUAUAUAUCCUAACUUCACUUUGUCAGGUAAAGACUCAUCUUCAAAACUCAAAAGAACAGACAAUGACUCUUCUGUUUCCCUACUCUUGCCACUCCUGCUUGCGUUGCACCAAACGACGAGCAUCAUACACACCGGGAAUCUUCUCCUUCAGUUGAUCGCUGGUUCUAAUCCCCGAGCCGACUAGGUGAAAAAUCUGUCGAUGUCCCCUUGAGCAAGGCACUUAACCCUAAUUGCUCCUGUAAGUCGCUCUGGAUAAGAGCGUCUGCUAAAUGACUAAAAUGUAAAAUGUAAAAUGUUGAUCCACUUUUACAUUUACUGCUACCCCAGUAAUUGUUAUGGGUGGAAGAUGGCACAAUGAUGCCAUCUGUUGGUAAAUGUUAAUUACUGCAACUCCAGAGUUUUACCGGUGUACUUGAGAUACCCGGAUGUAUUGCAAUAUACUGAACAAGACUGGUUACUCGCAUCAAUGCCUCUGCCUCGUCAUUUAACAUUCAAACAUGGUGUCAGAGUCAGAUAACUAACCAUGCUUUCCGCAAAUUAGAGUCACCUGUUCUGGUUAAAAUUACAAAUUAAAAAAUAGCUUAGUUGAGUAAAACUUAUCCGGAAUUGUCCUUAGCUAGAUUGAGUUUGCUAGUUAGCUUCAGUGUUGUUAGCACCGUUUAGACAUGGCAGCGAACAUUUCCCCUCCCGCCGUUAUGAAGCUCAGCGGAGAUUGGAGCACAAACUGGGAUACGUUUAGAGGUGAAUGGGAGGACUAUGCACUAGCAACGGGACUUCGGGAAAAGGACGAUGAGGUAGUGGCUGCCACUUUGAGGACUAUAAUGGGAGCAGAAUGCCGACACUUAUACAAACACAACCUGAACCUAACAGCAGCUCAGCAAGGUAACGCUACAGCUAUUCUUGAUGCUCUCGAACUUUACUUUAAGCCAGCAAAGAACGUUAUCUACGAGCGUUAUGUUUUCGGUUGUUGCAAACAGGAGGACGGGGAGUCCAUUGACAGCUUUGUCACUAAGCUAAGGGAAAAGGCAGCUACAUGUGACUAUGGUGCUUUAAGAGAUGAACUGAUCAGAGACAAGAUAGUGCUUGGCAUAACUGAUGAGGGCACCCGCAGACGUUUGCUGAGAGAACGUGACCUGACACUGGUCUUGGCAGUGGAGACAUGCCGUGCAGCAGAGCUUACGGAUAUACAGAUAAGGUUCCAUGGAGCUAGAAAGGCAACAUAUGGACAAUGUCAAUUCUACAUUCAGGCAGCCAGUAAAUACAUUCCCUUUUGCCACAGCUAAUGCUAAUACUACAGCCAACUUUGCAGUAGACAACCCCAAUGCAUGCCGAUAUUGUGGCAUUUCUCAUGGACGAGGAAAAGAACACUGCCCAGCCUAUGGAAAAAUAUGCAAAUCCUGUGGUACAGCUAAUCACUUCGCAAGGGCCUGCAUGAAAAGCAAGAGAAAGGAGGGUAAAGUGCACUCCAUUGAAAUAAACACAGAUGAAGGGAACAAUAGCACAGAGGAUGUAUAUGCUAGCGAGUGCAUAGGGGCAGUAAGGGCAAAAGGAAAAAAAUGGUUUGUCACUCUGCUACUUAAUAAUAAACCACAGCAAUGCCAGCUAGAUUCAGGGGCCACAUGUAACGUUAUGAGCCUUAAAGAUAAAAGGAGGCUCGCGCCCAGAGACAAACUCACACAGAGUAGCACCAAGCUGAAACUGUAUUCAGGCCAGUUCAUGACCUCUUUAGGCCUGUUUGUGACAGAGUGUGUUUUACGUGGCCAGAAACACACUCUUGAGUUUGAAAUAGUUGAGGCUAGUCCAGGCUGGGCCCCUGAGCAAGGAGACUCUCCUAAGCAAGUACCAUGAUGUCUUCAACGCACCGGUCGAGUCAGUUCCCGGCGAAGUCCACUUUGAGUUGGAUGCAGCAAUCGAGCCUGUCCAGUGUGCACCUCGCAAUGUAUCAGUGGCCAUGAAAGCAGCUACGAAGGCUCAGCUUGACAAAUACGAAGCAGAUGGCCACAUCAUAUCCGUCACCGAGCCUACAGACUGGAUAAGUAAUAUGGUUAUCGUCAAGAAACCAGACAAGCUACGGAUAUGCAUGGAUCCUAAACACCUCAACCGGGCUCUGAGACGUUCACAUUACAUUAUGCCCACGUUGGAGGAUGUUCUCUACAAGCUCCCAAAGGCCAGAGUCUUCACGCUCGUGGACGCCAGAGAUGCCUUCCUGCAGUGCAAGCUUGACGAGACCAGAAGCUACAUGACCACCUUUUGGACACCCUGGGGCAGGAAGAGGUGGUUGAAGCUUCCGUUUGGUGUUUCCGUGGCUCCAGAGGUGUAUCAGCGGAAACAGCACGAGCUGUUGAUGGGACUCAGCGGCGUGGAACCCAUAGCAGAUGACAUCCUCGUAGUGGGCUGUGGGGACAGUGAUGAGGAGGCAGAAUGUGACCAUGACGCCAAGCUGCUGGCCCUGAUGGUCAGAUGCAGACAGGUCAAGCUAAGGCUAAGCAUAAAAAAGCUUCAGUUUAAAGUGCCAGAGGUUCGCUUUCAUGGGCACAUCUUGUCCUCCACCGGAUUGAAGGCGGAUCCAGAAAAAGUGAAGACUGUCUUGGAUAUGCCCCACCCAUCUGACGUGAAGGCAGUGCAGCGCUUCGUCGGAUUCGUCACCUACCUGGCCAAGUUCCUACCGCGGCUCUCUGAAGUGUGUGAACCACUAAGGAGGCUCAUGGACAAGGACACCAUCUGGCAUUGGCUCCCAAAACAUGACACAGCGGUGAGGGAAAUAAAACAACUGGUCACCCAGACACCUGUACUGCGAUACUACGAUGUGUCAAAACCUGUCACGAUUCAGAGUGACUCAAGCCAGUAUGGACUGGGCUGUUGCCUCAUGCAAGAGGGCCAGCCUGUGGCAUUCGCCUCUAGGGCACUCACUCCAACAGAGCAGAACUAUGCCCAGAUAGAGAAGGAGUGCCUCAGCAUUGUGUUUGCAUGCCAACGCUUCCACCACUACCUGUACGGGCGUGACAAUAUUACCGCAGAGACAGAUCACAAGCCCCUUAUUGCUAUAUUCAGCAAGCGUCUCCUGAAUGCCCCGAAACGACUGCAGAGCAUGCUACUGGCCCUACAAAACUACAACCUCAAGGUGGUGUAUAAGCCAGGGCCAGAGAUGUAUGUGAGUGACACGCUCAGCAGGGCUACUGCAUCAGGCACUCACACACGCUCCAUGCAUGAACAACAUGCAGUGUGCAGCUUACAAACAGAGCAAGUGGAUGUUGAACACAUCAACCAGGCUGACUACCUCAAUGUUACGGACCAGCGCCUUAUACAAAUCAGACAGCACACAGACAGGGACGAGCAACUCCAGGCAUUGAGGUCUGUGAUUCUGAUGGGCUGGCCCGUCUGCAAGGAAGAAACUGCUUUAGCCAUCAGAGAAUAUUGGCCAGUCAAAGAAGAGCUCAGUGUUCAAAACUGAGUAAUAUUCAAGGGUCAGAGAGUCGUUAUUCCCCGGUCUCUGGCCCUGAGAUGUUGGCGCGCGUGCACUCAAGUCACAUAGGAGGUGAGGCCUGUUACAGACAAGCACGUGACACACUGUAUUGGCCAGGAAUGCAGAGUGAAAUCAAAGACUAUGUCAGUAAAUGCACAAUCUGCAAUGAAUAUGCCAUUGAGCAACAGAGAGAGACGAUGAUGUCCCACGAGCUACCAAUGCGCCCCUGGCAGAUAGUAAGUCUAGAUCUCUUCCAGCACAGUGGCAAAGACUUUCUGCUGGUAGUUGAUCAUUACUCAGACUUCUGGGAGAUUGACCUCCCCGACCUCUCAGCAGAGACAACGAUCAAACGCUGCAAGGCUCAGUUUUCCCGCUAUGGCCAGCCAGAUAGGGUAAUUUCAGAUAAUGGACCCCAAUUCUCUGGAUGUGAGUUCUGAAAAUUUGCUGCAGAAUGGGAAUUCGAGCACGUCACUUCAUCACCACGACACCCAAAAGCUAAUGGGAAGGCUGAGUCGGCAGUCAAAAUCGCAAAGAACCUCUGCAAAAAAGCUAUGCGAGAGGGCAAAGAUGCCUGGAAAGCAAUCCUGCAAUGGCGCAAUACCCCGACAGAAGGCAUGGAUAGCAGCCCGGCCCAGCACCUCAUGGCACAGCGUUUAAAAGCAGCUCUGCCAGUAGCAAGCACUCUCCUGGAGCCAUGUGUGGUGACAGACGUGCUGGUGAAGCUACGUCACAGAAGACAGGUCUCCAAGUUCAUCUAUGACAAAUCAGCAAAAGACUUACCUGAGCUCAGGGUGGGUGAAACGGUGCGAAUGAAGCCACUACCAGGGGACCGGACGGACCUCUGGAGACUCGGAUCCUGUGUACAGAAAGUGGCACCACGCUCCUACUUGGUCGAAGUGAAUGGAUCACUGUACCGUCGUAACAGGGUUGACCUUCGGAUUGCUGAGCCAGCAUCUACUCAGAACUCUGAUGGUCAUAGGGGUCGCAUGACAAAAGACGGAACCCCAGCAAGUCACAUGGGGCCUGACGCACUGGGCGAAGAGCCAGGGGAUCACAGGUCGGCCACUCCCUCGCCCAUCAAUACUCCCCUUAGACAGUCAGGUGACACGCCUGUGCGGGAGCCCGCAGUCCACGCAGACAAGCCCCCUGUCUUUUCACGCUGCGGGCGUCUGUCGCAGCCACCAAAAAUACUUAAUCUGUAGGUUUCCCAUUAGGGAUUGUUGACAGACAGAGAUAAAAGUGAAGAGAGUAUCAAAAUGUGUUAAGUGGUUAACUAAAAAAAAAAAAAAAAAAUACUUAACUGUUCAUGUUGGAAAUUACUACUAGGUUUGUUUUGUUAGUGAACUGACAGCUCCUGUCCUAUUUUAUAAAAGGGAAGAUGUUAUGGGUGGAAGAUGGCACAAUGAUGCCAUCUGUUGGUAAAUGUUAAUUACUGCAACUCCAGUGUUUUACCGGUGUACUUGAGAUACCCGGAUGUAUUGCAAUAUACUGAACAAGACUGGUUACUCGCAUCAAUGCCUCUGCCUCGUCAUUUAACAUUCAAACAGUAACCACUCCUUUCAAUGGCGCCCUUUUCUUGAGAGCGAAACAAUUCACAAUUCUUGCCCCCAUUUGUUUAACUCUGAGCGCCUUCUCCCUCUGCCCAACAGAAACACAUACAAUUAUCACUAGACCACUUCUGGUUACCCUCACCGAUUCCACUAUACCCAACGCUUUUUUCACCCAUCUUGAAACCACAAAUGGAUCAGCCAAAAGGCAAGGAUCCACUUUUUCCACAAACUUCACUCCUACUGUCACAGACUCAUCUUUAUCCUGACCCUCUGUGCAAGCCUCUGGCUCCGAGCACUUCACCACACCUACCACCUCCGAUACUUCACCCUCAUUCUCUUCCAUUUCUCCUCCUGUCUUCAGCUCACUUUGCUUACAUUUCCUACCUGUCUUCUUUAACAAAUCUUCUCCCUUUUUCCCUCCAUUUUUAACUGACUCAAACUCACAGUCUUCCUCCCUCUCUCUCUUAGACCUCCUCUGCCUCUCCUUUUCCCUCCACUCCUCCUCUGUCAUCCAAGCGCACGUCUCCUUAUUAUAAUACUGCUUUUCUCCUAACCAAUAUCUGCUUCUUGCCUUCUCAAAGGACUCCAUUUUCCCCCUACUUUCCCCUCCGGCGUCUAUUCUAUCCUCUGGACUUGUGUCGACAUCUUGGCCUGCGUCUUCCAUUUGGUCCGCCACAUAAUCCAUUGGCCACCACUUCAUACAAUUUUAAUGCUGCCUCGCCUCCAGACGUGCCCCGACAACUGUCUAUUAUAGCCUACAUGUAGGCAAUGUUUUGGUUAUUUGCAUUCACCUUUUGUUUACUGUGUUUGUUUACUGUUAAUAUAACUAGCCUAAAUAUAGAUUGUGUCAUGCCUUUAUCGAUCUGAUAUUUUGUGUAUAGGUCAUUAUCAAUAAAACGUCACAGUAAGGUGCAGAGUGUUCGAUUUGCCUGCUGGGGGGCAAGGAGAGGUUGCAACGAGACCCGCAGCUCCGGUAAAAUCCUUGACAACUGUGUGCCAUUUUCACGGUAUUGUUAAAUAAAUGGUAACUAUUUGGUUGUAAUAUUAUCACCUCUUCAACAGCAUAGUCAGAACUAUACAUUUCCAAUUAUUGUGCAAAACAAUUGCGCACAUUUAGCUCUGUCAUGAGGGUUAUAGGCCUACAGCAGCGGUAAUUAUAUGAAAAUGGGGUCGCAGGAGAAUUUCCAAAAUCGUAAUAAAAAAAUAUAUAUAUGCAAAGAAAUUAUAUAUAUAUAUAAUAUUGUCUUUGUAUCUCAAAAUCAUUGUAAUGUGGUUAACCUUAAAAAUCUAAAUGAAAAUUAUUCAAAUCUAAAAGAUAAAAUUCAACCAGAGGCCACACUAGAUCGUUCCUACGCAAUGAAACCACACACUAUUGCAAAGACUUUGAUAUUACCGUCCGCAAUUGAUAUGGUGAAAACAAUGUGUGGGGAGGCAGAGGCACAGAAACUCACAUCAAUAACUUUGUCAGAUAACACUGUUAAAUGAAGAAUGUAUGUUAUUUCUAGCAAUCAAGAGGAAACUGACUGAACGACUCAAAAACUCCCCAGAUUAUGCUCUCCAAAUGGACGUUAGCUGUGAGGGCUGAGAUGCCCCUGCAUUGACUUGUGUUCGCUAUAAAUGUUAUUCACGAGAACAUAUUGUUCUGUCUCACAAUUCCUGAGCACGAAACGCACAGGGGAUGUUCAGUGUGCUGCGUGGCUAUAUACAGUUGAAGUCGGAAGUUUACAUACACCUUAGCCAAAUACAUUUAAACUCUGUUUUUCACAAUUCCUGACAUUUAAUCCUAGUAAAAGGAUCACCACUUUAUUUUAAGAAUGUGAAAUGUCAACAUAAUACUAGAGAGAGUUUUAUUUAUUUCAUCACAUUUCCAGUGGGUCAGAAGUUUACAUACACUCAAUUAGUAUUUGGUAGCAUUGCCUUUAAAUUGUUUAACUUGGGUCAAACGUUUCGGUAGCCUUCCACAAGCUUCCCACAAUAAAUUGGAUGAAUUUUGGCCCAUUCCUCCUGACAGAGCUGGUGUAACUGAGUCAGGUUUGUAGGCCUCCUUGCUCGCACAUGCUUUUUCAGUUCUGCCCACAAAUGUUCUAUAGGAUUGAGGUAGGGCUUUGUGAUGGCCACUCCAAUACCUUGACUUUGUUGUCCUUAAGCCAUUUUGCCACAACGUUGGAAGUAUGCUUGGGGUCAUUGUCCAUUUGGAAGACCCAUUUGCGACCAAGCUUUAACUUCCUGACUGAUGUCUUGAGAUGUUGCUUCAAUAUAUCCACAUAAUUUUCCUUCCUCAUGAUGCAAUCUAUUUUGUGAAGUGCACUAGUCCCUCCUGCAGAAAAGCACCCCCACAGCAUGAUAAAAUAAAAAAUAAAAAUAAUAUGCCAUUUAGCAGACGCUUUUAUCCAAAGCGACUUACAGUCAUGCGUGCAUACAUUUUUUGUGUAUGGGUGGUCCUGGGGAUCGAACCCACUACCUUUGCGUUACAAGCGCCGUGCUCUACCAGCUGAGCUACAGAGGACCACAUGAUGCUGCCACCCCCGUGCUUCACGGUUGGGAUGGUGUUCUCCGGCUUGCAAAACACCCUCUAUUUCCAUCCAAACAUAAUAAACAGUUCUAUUUUUGUUUCAUCAGACCAGAGGACAUUUCUCCAAAAAGUACGAUCUUUGUCCCCAUGUAAAUUAGCAAACCGUAGUCUGGCUUUUUUAUGGCGGUUUUGGAGCAGUGGCUUCUUCCUUGCUGAGCGGCCUUUCAGGUUAUCUCGAUAUACAGUGAGGGAAAAAAAGUAUUUGAUCCCCUGCUGAUUUUGUACGUUUGCCCACUGACAAAGAAAUAAUCAGUCUAUAAUUUUAAUGGUAGGUUUAUUUGAACAGUGAGAGACAGAAUAACAACCAAAACAUUUUAGAAAUUGAUUUGCAUUUUAAUGAGGGAAAUAAGUAUUUGACCCCCUCUCAAUCAGAAAGAUUUCUGGCUCCCAGGUGUCUUUUAUACAGGUAACGAGCUGAGAUUAGGAGUGCUCCUAAUCUCAGUUUGUUACCUGUAUAAAAGACACCUGUCCACAGAAGCAAUCAAUCAAUCAGAUUCCAAACUCUCCACCAUGGCCAAGACCAAAGAGCUCUCCAAGGAUGUCAGGGACAAGAUUGUAGACCUACACAAGGCUGGAAUGGGCUACAAGACCAUCGCCAAGCAGCUUGGUGAGAAUGUAACAACAGUUGGUGCGAUUAUUCGCAAAUGGAAGAAACACAAAAUAACUGUCAAUCUCCCUCGGCCUGGGGCUCCAUGCAAGAUCUCACCUCGUGGAGUUGCAAUGAUCAUGAGAACGGUGAGGAAUCAGCCCAGAACUACACGGGAGGAUCUUGUCAAUGAUCUCAAGGCAGCUGGGACCAUAGUCACCAAGAAAACAAUUGGUAACACACUACGCCGUGAAGGACUGAAAUCCUGCAGCGCCCGCAAGGUCCCCCUGCUCAAGAAAGCACAUAUACAGGCCCGUCUGAAGUUUGCCAAUGAACAUCUGAAUGAUUCAGAGGAGAACUGGGUGAAAGUGUUGUGGUCAGAUGAGACCAAAAUCGAGCUCUUUGGCAUCAACUCAACUCGCUGUGUUUGGAGAAGGAGGAAUGCUGUCUAUGACCCCAAGAACACCAUCCCCACCGUCAAACAUGGAGGUGGAAACAUUAUGCUUUGGGGGUGUUUUUCUGCUAAGGGGACUAAACAACUUCACUGCAUCAAAGGGACGAUGGACGGGGCCACGUACCGUCAAAUCUUGGGUGAGAACCUCCUUCCCUCAGCCAGGGCAUUGAAAAUGGGUCGUGUAUGGGUAUUCCAGCAUGACAAUGACCCAAAACACAUGGCCAAGGCAACAAAGGAGUGGCUCAAGAAGAAGCACAUUAAGGUCCUGGAGUGGCCUAGCCAGUCUCCAGACCUUAAUCCCAUAGAAAAUCUGUGGAGGGAGCUGAAGGUUCGAGUUGCCAAACGUCAGGCUCGAAACCUUAAUGACUUGGAGAAGAUCUGCAAAGAGGUGUGGGACAAAAUCCCUCCUGAGAUGUGUGCAAACCUGGUGGCUAACUACAAGAAACGUCUGACCUCUGUGAUUGCAAACAAGGGUUUUGCCACCAAGUACUAAGUCAUGUUUUGCAGAGGGGUCAAAUACUUAUUUCCCUCAUUAAAAUGCAAAUCAAUUUAUAACAUUUUUGACAUGCGUUUUUCUGGAUUUUGUUGUUGUUAUUCUGUGUCUCACUGUUCAAAUAAACCUACCAUUAAAAUUAUAGACUUAUCAUGUCUUUGUCAGUGGGCAAACGUACAAAAUAAGCAGGGGAUCAAAUACCUUUUUCCCUCACUCUAGGACUUGUUUUACUGUGGAUAUAGAUAAGGGGCACUGAGUUUUAAGGUACGCCUUGAAAUACAUCCACAGGUACACCUCAAAUUGACUCAAAUGUUGUAAAUUAGCCUAUCAGAAGCUCCUUAAGCCAUGACAUCAUUUUCUGGAAUUUUCCAAGCUGUUUAAAGGCACAGUCAACUUAGUGUAUGUAAACUUCUGACCCACUGGAAUUGUGAUACAGUGAAUUAUAAGUGAAAUAAUCUGUCUGUAAACAAUUGUUGGAAAAAUUACUUGUGUCAUGCACAAAGUAGAUGUCCUAACCGACUUGCCAAAACUAUAGUUUGUUAACAAGAAAUUUGUGGAGUGGUUGAAAAACGAGUUUUAAUGACUCCAACCUAAGUGUAUGUAAACUUCCGACUUCAGCUGUAGAUGAAGAACUGAUUCCAUGGGAUCGAAUGGUGGGCUUUUGCACAGACUGAGUUUGAGAAACGCUGUGCUAAACUAUGUACACUGAACAAAAAUAUAAAUGCAACAAUUUCAAAGAUUUUACUGAGUUACAGUUAAUAUAAGGAAAUCAGUCAAUUUAAAUAAAUUCAUUAGGACCUAAUCUAUGGAGUUCACAUGACUGGGAAUACAGAAAUGCAUCUGUUGGUCACAGAUGCCUUUAAAAAAAGGUAGGGGCGUGGAUCAGAAAACCAGUCAGUAUCUGGUGUGACCACCAUAUGCGUGACACAUCUCCUUCGCAUAGAGUUGAUCAGCCUGUUGAUUUUGGCUGUGGAAUGUUGUCGCACUCCUCUUCAAUGGCUGUGCAAAGUUGCUGGAUAUUGUCGGGAACUGGAACACGCUGUCGUACACGUCGAUCCAGAGCAUCCCAAACAUGCUCAAUGCGUCUGGUGAGUAUGCAGGCCAUGGAAGAGCUGGGACAUUUUCAGUUUCAGAUCCUUGCGACAUCAAGCUGUGCAUUGUCAUGCUGAAACAUGAGGGGAUGGCGGCGGAUGAAUGGCCUCACGAUCUCAUCACGGUAUCUCUGUGCAUUCAAAUUGCCAUUGAUAAAAUGCAAUUGUGUUCCUUGUCCAUAGCUUAUGCCUACCCAUACCACAACCCCACCACCACCACCAUGGGGAACUCUGUUCACAACGUUGACAUCAGCCAACCACUUGCCCACACGACACCAUACAUGCUGUCUGCCAUCUGCCCGGUACAGUUGAACAUGGGAUUAAUCCGUGAAAAGCACACUUCUCCUGUGUGCCAGUGGCCAUCGAAGGUGAGCGUUUGUCCACUGAACUCGGUUACGACGCCAAACUGCAGUCUGGUCAAGACCCUGAUUAGGACGACGAGCAUGCAGAUGAGCUUCCCUGAGACGGUUUCUGAGAGUUUGUGCAGAAAUUCUUCAGUAGUGCAAACCCACAGUUUCAUCAGCUGUCCGGGUGCCUGGUCUCAGACGAUCCCGAAGGUGAGGAAGCCGGAUAUGGAGGUCCUGGGCUGGCGUGGUUACAAAUGGUCUGCGGUUGUGAGGCCGGUUGGACGUACUGCCAAAUUCUUUAAAAUGACGUUGGAGGCGGCUUAUGGUAGAGAAAUGGACAUUCAAUUCUCUGGCAACAGCUCUGGUGGAUAUUCCUGCAGUCAGCAUGCCAAUUGCACGCUCCCUCAAAACUGCACAUUUUAGUGGCCUUUUAUUGUCCCCAGCACAAGGUGCACCUGUGUAAUGAUCAUGCCAGUUUCUUGAUAUGCCACACCUGUCAGGUGGAUGGAUUAUCUUGCCAAAGGAGAGAUUCUCACUAACAAGGAUGUAAACUAUUUUUUUGCAUAACAUUUGAGAGAAAUAAACUUUUUGUGCGUAUGGAAAAUAUCUGGGAUCUUUUAUGUCAGCUCAUGUAAAAUGGGACCAACAAUUUAUAUGUUUACUGCAUUUAUAUUUUUGUUCAGUGUAGAAUAUUGGCCUGUUGGAAACUACAACUCCGUACUACAUCACACAGUCCAGGUUGGAUCUGAUUUAUCUGUAGAGAAACAGCAUUGAGCACACAGAAAAAAAAAGAACAAAAUGGAAUUCAAAUAAUUGAACCGAAGUAGGUCAAUUAGUUGUUUAAGAAACGAAAAAAAUACAAAAUGUUGGUUAAUAGCUCAGCACUACCAGCUAGACUAGAGGGUCUGCAGCAGGGUCCUGCAGGUUUACAUUCUUUCCCUCAGUGAACUCUGUGGCCAAUCAAUGACAUCAAUUGAUCAAAUAACAAGUAGAAAAUAAAUACAUGUUUGCCAUUGUAGCUUAUCUAAGUGCAAUGGCCCCUAUCAAAACGUUCACUUUUAUUUCUGCCAAAUCAACAAUAAAUCCACCGUAAAGGCUAUGCACCUUUAAAUUUCGCGGAGACGUCUAUGGAAGUGUUUUAGCUAGUAGCGGAUUGGACUAACCGCUUCGGUCCCCUCCCUUAGUAGGUACACGCCCAUCAGUCACUAUAGUGGCGGGAGAGAUCCAUGUGCACUGUCUGCAGGUAAACAAACAGCUUGAUCAGAGUUUUGCAUGAACAACAAUAGUGAACGUUGUUGUUGAUUGUGGAUAAUAUAUCCACUGGUAGCUAGUUUAACUUGCCAACUAUACAUACGGACCAAAGUGGGGAGAGAAUUUGUUUUUAUGAGCAUGCUUCGAUCAGCGAUGCAGAAAGGGAAGAGAGUCGCGCGGGACAAAACCGAGUCAUCAGCAAAACCAUUCCGGAAAAGAUCAAAAGCAACUGUGAAACAAGGUAGGCCUACAAAGUUGGGACUUUUUUUAAAUCAUCAGUCAAAAAAUGAGAGUAGAAUAUUAGCACCGUCUUUGAAUACAUUAGGAAAACUGUUGAGACUCCUGGCACAAGUUAUGCAACAUGCCUCCCUCUCCCCCUCCUAAUCUUUCUCUGUCUUUCUCUCACUGUCUUUCUGUCUGUGUUGGACCCCAGGAAGAUCCCUCUCGCUCACACUGUCUCCAGGCUUUCUUUCGAGAUCUCUGUCUCAGUCUUUCUCUCUGUCUUUGUCUCAUAGUCUCUCUUUCUCUCAGCCUUGAGCCUCUAUUGACUGUUGAUUGAUUGCCACAACCAAACAUGUGAUUUCAUAAUGGCAUGCUGUAAUGUCUUCCCUCCCCUAAGAGCCUGAUGAGACUGCAGCGUCUACAUACCAUUCAUUCCAUGAUCCUACUGGCGUCACACUCUUUAGGACACAUAUCCUGUACUGGUAUGACCAGGGGAAGAGAGAGUUACCCUGGAGAACUGUGGUAAAGAGAAUGACAUAAUAUAUGUUCCCAUUAUAGUUUCAAUUAUGCCUACACGCACAUCAAGGCAUGAUCUUGAUUAUUGAGUGUGUACGAACUUGCUCCCUUACACCAUUGGAAAGGGUGUUAGAAUUUUUAUUUGACAUUUUGCAGGAUGAAACCUCUUGAGAUGCACCAUCUCAUUUUCAAAGUGUCCAAGUAUUAUCAUGAAUCAUGAAUAUAAACCAUGAUUUGACAUAUAGUAUAUGAAACUUACAUCAGUGCGCUAUCUUAGCAGUAUUAUCUUCCUCCCUCUCAACUCCGGGUAAAUUGGUCGUACCUUGGCUCGAACCCGGGGCCCUCUGCCUCGCUAACACACAUAACCGACAACGUAACAACCUGUUGAGCUAUUGAAGAGGAUCCAAUUCAACAGAAUCAUUGGCGACAUUUCAAGCUAGCUGUGGAGUGAGCAUAUGGCACGUUCUUAUCUCCAUUACAUAUAGAACAGCCUAGCUAGAAUAAAUGUUACUUUUCCCCAAGGAAUAUGAUUUCACUUAAUGUUUCCUUAAUAGGCUCUGACAGAAACGGACAUCAACAUCAGGACAUAUGCUGGUAAGACACUGCAUGCUCAAGUCUCAUAUUAUAAUCUAACUAGUGGGCCUUUUGUGAUAUCCUAAAUUGACCUUGUUUCCUCUCUAGUUUGGGUCUCAGAAAUAAUGUUACAGCAGACCCAGGUUGCCACUGUGAUCGACUACUACAAUAAGUGGAUGAAGGUAGGCCAGUCUGUCGGUCUUUUAUGAAGUCUGAACUUGAUUUCAGCAGACUUAGUAAUCACAGAAAUAAUGCAUUUGGAUUGAUCUCUUCUUCUUGUGUUUUUGCCUCGUUCUUUUCCAGAGGUGGCCAACAGUACAGGAUCUUGCAGCAGCUACAUUGGAGGUGAUUACAAUGAAUGCAAAUGAGGGUCUGUGAGGCGAAAAUGCCUUUGUAUUCUGACCAUCUUGUCAUCAAUUAUCAUCCUUUUUAUCUGCACAGGAAGUCAAUCAGAUGUGGGCUGGGCUUGGGUACUACUCCCGGGGAAAGAGACUUCACGAAGGAGCUCAGAAGGUCUGUCUAUAGCAUAUAUUAUUUACAAUAUGUACUUGCAAAAGCAAGGCUUACCACCACACCAACGUGACACUUAUAUGACAAGAGGAGAGCUCUCUUUGGUUCAUUUUGUCAACUGCCUCUGCCUCUCUCAAAAAUAGGAUAUUAUCUUAGAUGUUAGGUCCUUACCUGUCUGUUUAGUUGGAGACAUGGGUGGGAAAUGUACUUUUUGGUGGCUGGUGGAUGCCCAACUUUUACCAGCCACUUUACCUGCCACAAUGUCUAAUGAAGAUAAAUCACAGAAAAUGCAUGCAUGUGUUUUGUAAUGUUAAAACAACACACUUACACUCACACACACACAUUGUUGUUUUCUUGCAUGUGGGCUUUGGAUUGAAUUGUGUACCAGCCAAUGCCAAAAUCGACCAGCAUUUGGCUGGAGGCUGGUGUUCAUUUCCCACCCUGGUUGUGUGACAUGUACUGUGUUGCUUGAACUAUUGAGUGUGUGUUCUCUGUCUAUAGUGACUUCUGAGUGUGUUGUAUUUGUUGUCCUGUCUGGCUGUGAACUGUACUACAGGUGGUAUCAGAGCUGGGAGGAGAGAUGCCCAGGACGGUUGAGGCUCUGCUGAAGCAGCUGCCUGGAGUGGGCCGCUACACUGCUGGAGCUGUGGGCUCCAUCGCAUUGGGGCAGGUCAGAGCUCUCUCUAUACACACGCAUGCUCAAACACGCACGCUCCCACACACCUUUUUAAAGUAAUUUAUUUUAUAUUACCGUUUGGGGUCACUUCGAAAUGUCCUUGUUUUCGAAAGAAAAGCAAAUUUUUUGUCCAUUUAAAAUAACAUCAAAUUGAUCAGAAAUACAGUGUAGACAUUGUUAAUGUUGUAAAUGGCUAUUGUAGCUGGAAAUGGCUGAUUGUUAAUGGAAUAUCUACAUAGGCGUACAGAGGCCCAUUAUCAUCAACCAUCAGUCCUGUCUUCCAAUGGCACGUUGUGUUUGCUAAUCCAAGUUUAUCAUUUUAAAAGGCUAAUUGAUCAUUAGAAAACCCUUUUGCAAUUAUGUUAGCACAGCUGAAAACUGUUGUGCUGAUUUAAAUAAGCAAUAAAACUGGCCUUCUUGAGACUAGUUGAGUAUCUGGAGCAUCAGCAAUUGUGAGUUCGAUUACAGGCUCAAAAUGGCCAGAAACAAAUAACUUUCUUCUGAAACUUGUCUGUCUAUUCUUGUUCUGAGAAAUGAAGGCUAUUCCAUGUGAGAAAUUGCCAAGAAACUGAAGAUCUCGUACAACGUUGUGUACUACUCCCUUCACAGAACAGCGCAAACUGGCUCUAACCAGAAUAGAAAGAGGAGUGGGAGGCCCCGGUGCACAACUGAGCAAGAGGACAAAUACCUUAGUGUCUAGUCUAGGGCCUUCUGUAGCUCAGUUGGUAGAGCAUGGUGCUUGCAACGCCAGGGUUGUGGGUUCGAUUCCCACGGGGGGGGCAGUAUGAAAAAUGUAUGCACUCACUAACUAAGUCGCUCUGGAUAAGAGCGUCUGCUAAAUUACUAAAAUGUUUAAUUUAGUUUGAGAAACAGACGCCUCACAGGUCCUCAACUGGCAGCUUCAUUAAAUAGUACCCGCAAAACACCAGUCUCAACGUCAACAGUGAAGAGGCGAAUUUGUAUUUGAGAGCACCAGUGCGCCUAGAAAAAAAACUUCGCAAGACUAGUGUUUUGCAGGUACUAUUUAAUGAAGCUGCCAGUUGAGGACCUGUGAGGCGUCUGUUUCUCAAUUACUUGUGUCGUGCAGAAAGUAGAUGUCCUAACCUACUUGCCAUAACUAUAGUUUGUUAACAAGAAAUUGUGGUUGAAAAAACGAGUUUUAAUGACUCCAACCUAAGUGUAUGUAAACUUCUGACAUUUCAACUGUACAUGCAUGCAUACAUACAUACAUACAUACAUGUAUAUACAUAUCCUUUAAAAAUAUAUAUAUUUUCCUAUAUUACUUUCCCUACCACCCCUCCCCUAAUUGGAGUAAACUAGUGAACAACAACGCUUAGGCCUAUAUACAUUUUACAAUAAUUAUAUUUUGUUAGUUUUUACUCCUGUCCUUCCUUUACCCUCAACCUCUCCCAUCUAUUUCUGAUGUCAAUCCGUUUUGAUUUUUGUUUGCCAUAUCUUUCAAACUGUGCUCUUUCAGAAAAGUUCUUAACCUAUUACCUAUAUACGUUUUAUGGACAAGGUAUGUUUUACAUUAGUUAUCUUGUUGUUAUUAGUCCCAACCAGCUCCAUUCAACCCCUCCCAUCUAUCUCUUAACACCAUCCAUAUUGGAUUUCUAUUCUAUUUUUCAAGUCAUUUUAACCCUCCCCCUUUGACAUCAUCGUUCACUGACAUGACCUGUGACCUCUUUUGCCCAGUUGACGGGAGCUGUUGAUGGGAAUGUGACCCGGGUCCUGUGUCGGGUGCGGGCUAUAGGGGCAGACAGUACAAGCCCAGCAGUGACUGAAGCUCUAUGGUGAGGUUGAACUCCUCAGAGUUGAAGUGAGGAAAAAUAAUAUAUUUUCUAAUGAUGAUUCUUCAUUGGAUAUUUAACAUCUGUCCAGUGGGGGUCAUCUGUUUUUAAUACAAGCUGUUACAAUGAUGACAUAGUUGACCAAUUCCAACACCUAAGUCAUGAUACUCAAUCUCAUGUUGACUUAAUGCACAUUCUUACUUGGCUAGAUACUGUAUGUUUCCCUUGGUAAUUGUUUGAAGGAUUCAUUGUUCCUCUGUGUGUAUUCUAGGAGCAUCGCCAACACGUUGGUGUCCCCAGAGAGACCAGGGGACUUUAACCAGGCCAUGAUGGAGCUGGGGGCGAGGGUGUGCACCCCUAAAGGCCCCCUGUGCACCCAGUGUCCCAUACAGACUCUCUGCCACUCCUACAGGAAGGUACAACACCAAAGUAAUCAACCAUAACAAGACCAGGUCAUAGCAUUGACCUAUUCCAGACCAUUGAUGAUGACUCUCCAGUGCAUACAGUGGGGAAAAAAAGUAUUUAGUCAGCCACCAAUUGUGCAAGUUCUCCCACUUAAAAAGAUGAGAGAGGCCUGUAAUUUUCAUCAUAGGUACACGUCAACUAUGACAGACAAAUUGAUUUUUUUUUUCUCCAGAAAAUCACAUUGUAGGAUUUUUAAUGAAUUUAUUUGCAAAUUAUGGUGGAAAAUAAGUAUUUGGUCACCUACAAACAAGCAAGAUUUCUGGCUCUCACAGACCUGUAACUUCUUCUUUAAGAGGCUCAUCUGUCCUCCACUCGUUAACUGUAUUAAUGGCACCUGUUUGAACUUGUUAUCAGUAUAAAAGACACUUGUCCACAACCUCAGCAUGACAAUGAUCCCAAACACACCGCCCGGGCAACGAAGGAGUGGCUUCGUAAGAAGCAUUUCAAGGUCCUGGAGUGGCCUAGCCAGUCUCCAGAUCUCAACCCCAUAGAAAAUCUUUGGAGGGAGUUGAAAGUCCGUGUUGCCCAGCGACAGCCCCAAAACAUCACUGCUCUAGAGGAGAUCUGCAUGGAGGAAUGGGCCAAAAUACCAGCAACAGUGUGUGAAAACCUUGUGAAGACUUACAGAAAACGUUUGACCUGUGUCAUUGCCAACAAAGGCUAUAUAACAAAGUAUUGAGAAACUUUUGUUAUUGACCAAAUACUUAUUUUCCACCAUAAUUUGCAAAUAAAUUCAUUAAAAAUCCUACAAUGUGAUUUUCUGGAUUUUUUUUCAUCUCAUUUUGUCUGUCAUAGUUGACGUGUACCUAUGAUGAAAAUUACAGGCCUCUCUCAUCUUUUUAAGUGGGAGAACUUGCACAAUUGGUGGCUGACUAAAUAAUUUUUUCCCCCACUGUAUGUAGCAACUGUGUUUGUAUCUCUCUCUGUGCAGGUUAGCAUCAAACAAGAGGAACUCAACAAAGCUUCUUGGUAAAUUGAACAGGGUGCCUGCAUCUCUGCCAGAUAUAGAAGAUUGUGGUGAGUGUUUUUUUUUCCUUUUCAUUGUUUCAAAGGUUUGUGCAUAUAAGGAUGGUAGUCAUAUACCUGGUAUUUUGAAUACGGUUAUUAAAGCAUAUUUGAUAGAAUUAUCUAAUAUUGUCUACAAGUCUUUGUAACAGAUAGAUAAUCUUGCCCCCUGGUGAAUGUGUGUUUGCCACCUUGACUUUGCCAAAUAAUUCUCACAAAACAUGUAAACAGUUCCUGACUCCUCCCCUAACUCUGUCCUCCUGACCCCCCAGUGACCUCAGGAACAUGUAACCUGUGCCCCACGGAACCCUGGGACAGCGAGCUGGGCGUUCUGAACUUCCCCAGGAAGCCAGUGAAGAAGGCUCCUCGUGUGGAGCGCACACUCACCUGUGUUGUGGCCCGGCCAGGAGCAGGAGGAGAGAGGGAGUACCUGCUCAACCAAAGGCCAAGCAAAGGUCAGCUGCCCUAAUAUAUAGUCUGUGUUUUAAAUGGCACCCUAGUCCCUAUCAGGGCUCUAAAGAGCAAAUAUUUUGGUUGCAUAUGCUCCUAAAUAUUUAGCAGUGCGACCUGGAAUUUUUAUUUGAGAGCACCAGUGCGCCUAGAAAAAAAACUCCCAGAUAAUAAUUAAUUGUUAUAAUGAUUAGGCUUUGCUGUACCGUUGUUUCCGAGUGCCCUAGAGAAAGAAGUGCAGAUUUGUUAGUGUCAUGGUUGCACCAUUACUACAGUGAAAACAUCUAGUUUCUAGUCCAAACAGUUCACAGCCUCAUUUAUAAACAUUGCGUACGCACAAAUGAUGCCCCAAAUCAUGCGUGUGCCAGUUUUCACGCAAAAGUUGCCAUUUAUGCCAUUUAUAAAACUGAACUGCCAAUCCUCCCGCAAACUUUAGACCAUGCGUGCACACCGUUUCUAGAGGUUGAAGUCUAGCAUUGCAAGAAGCAAAAAGUAGCCUAGUAGGAACCUUGUGAAAAUGGGGAAUAUAUUCAUAAUAAAAGAACAGGUAGGCCUAGCUAAAUAUAAUAACAAGAUGCAAUCAUUAGCCGUUAGUUAAAUCUAUUUAUCUUUGCAUUCUAAAAUAUUUGGAAAUAGGCAUAUAUUUUGCUAAAUCAAUUCCUCACCUUUUCUGACUGUGGUGGUUUCACGUUAUUCAGGUGCUCCGUAACAUCCACCAUAAAUGCAAGGUCCUGCAUCCAUUCUGCGGAAUGAAAUUCUAACACUGGUUUGCCCUUUUCUUCCAUGAACUGUUCAAUUUCUUCUCGUAAAUCAAAGAAAUGCCUCAGCACAGCACCUCGGCUUAACCAUCUUACCUCAGUGUGGUAUGGCAGGCCAUAGAUGUGGUCUUUCUCUCUGAGAAGGCUGUCAAACUGACGGUGAUUCAGGCUUCUGGAUCGGAUGAAAUUAACAGUUUGGAUGACCACCUUCAUGACGUUAUCCAUCUUUAAUGACUUGCAACACAAAGCCUCCUGGUGCAAAAUACAGUGAAAAGUCAAAAAAUCACGUCCUCCAUUUGCAGAUUGCACUUUCUCUCUGAACUUUGUCACAACGCCUGCUUUUUUCCCGAUCAUUGAGGGCGCACCAUCUGUAGCCAGGCUGACAGUGCGGGACCAGUCCACUCCGACCCUGUCCAGCGCGCCGACGAGUGCGGUAAAAAUAUCAGCUGCUGUCGUUGUAUCUGUCAUCGGCACCAACUCCACGAACUCCUCGGUGACGGUCAAUGUGUCAUCAACUCCGCGGAUGAAAAUGGCCAGUUGUGCAACAUCUGUAAUGUCCGUGCUUUCAUCAAUUGCAACCGAAAACGCAAUAAAUGACUUUACUUUUUGCUUCAACUGGCUGUCCAAAUCCACUGAAAGAUCGGAAAUCCUGUCUGCAACUGUGUUUCUUGUCAGGCUGAUAUUUGCAAAAGCCUGCCGCUUUUCAGGGCACACAAUCUCCGCUGCCUUCAUCAUGCAUGUUUUUACAAAUUCACCCUCACUAAAUGGUUUUGAAGCCACUGCGAUUUCAUUAGCAAUGAGGUAGCUAGCUUUCACUGCAGCGUCACUGAUGUCUCGGCUGUGAGUAAACACAGACUGCUGUUUCUUCAGACCCGCCAACAGUUCAUUCACCUUCUCUCAUCUCCGCUGUCCUUGAAAGUUGUCAUAUUUGUCGGCAUGAAGACUCACAUAGUGGCGACGAAGGUUAUAUUCUUUCAGCACUGCAACAUGCUCUGAACACACCAAACAUACAGCUUUCCCAUUAAAUUCCGUGAAUAAAUAGGAUGACCAUUUUUCUUGGAACACUCUGCGUCCACUUUUCUCUUUUUUGACAGAGACAUAUUGGGGAAAUGAGGGUGCCAAAGCACAUAAUGUUAAAAGUAGAAGCCGUAAUAAAUAUCGCGGGCAAAACAAAGUAGCUCAUUGGCUGCACGUGCUUGACCUACUUGCUCUGCCCCGGUAUAAACAGUUUGCUUGCUUAACACAAUUGCUAUUGCGCCAUCCAUUGGAUGCAAUUGGAACAGCAGUUUAUUUUAUUGAAAAAUUGCAGCGCAUUUUUAUACUUUACAAAAUUAUUAAUACAUAUAUAUAUAUAUUUUUUUUUUUAAAUCAUCUCGCGGGCCGGAUUAAACCCGUUUGCGGGCCGGAUCCGGCCCGCGGGCCGGACGUUUGACACCCCUGCAUUAGGCUAAGCAUUUCCCAAUCAAAAUGUACAACUAUUACUUCCCAUUGCAAAAACAAUUUUCACGCUUAGCACACAAAGUAACCGGUGAUCUAAAGUUUUAAAAGAAGGCAAGCAACAGCGAGCAAGCUGCAAUAAAAAACACAGUUCCACUCACCAGAUGAUGAUCAUUUGAAACUUAACUUCUUGUUGAAAGUUAUUCUUGAUAAGGGAGAAGCUAACAGAUUAGCAACAACAUCUUCUUCGAUAACACCUGCUGCAGCCGCUGCAAACUAUCCUACAAAAAAAGCUAGCUAGCUAGACUGUCUGAAAUCUACUGCUCACUGUAAACUACUGCCUCCUGUAGCUCAGUUGGUAGAGCAUGGCGCUUGCAACGCCAGGGUUGUGGGUUUGUUUCCCAAGGGGGGCCAGUAUGAAAAAUGUAUGCACUCUGGAUAAGAGCGUCUGCUAAAUGACUUAAAUGUAAAUGCAAAUAUUGCGCAGUAUCUUGUAUUUUUUUUUAAAGUUAGGAGCACCAGUGCUACCAAUGGAAAUGGUUAAUUUAGAGCCCUGGUCCUUAUAUUCACUAUAUAGUGAAUAGGGUACCACUUGGGACAGGCCCCUAGUAUAGCACUAAAACACACCGUCCAAGCAUUUCAUUUUGCACCAUUCAUGUUGUUUUCUGCAUGAUGUUUGUGCCAUUGUAAAGCUCCAAGGUGGGUGCGUUUACUAUAUCUUUACCGUUGUUUUCACUAACAUACACUACUGGUCAAAAGUUUUAGAACACCUACUCAUUCAAGGGUUUUUCUUUAUUUUUUACUAUUUUCUACAUUGUAGGAUAAUAGUGAAGAUAUCAAAACUAUGAAAUAACACAUAUGGAAUCAUGUAGUAACCAAAAAAGUGUUAAACAAAUAUUUGAGAUUCUUCAAAGAAGCCAACCUUUGCCUUGAUGACAGCUGUGCACACUCUUGGCAUUCUCUCAACCAGCUUCAUGAGGUAGUCACCUGGAAUGCAUUUCAAUUAACAGAUGUGCCUUGUUAAUUUGUGGAAGUUUUUUCCUUAAUGCGUUUGAGCCAAUCAGUUGUGUUGUGACAAGGUAGAGGUGGUAUACAGAAUAUAGCCAUAUUAUGGCAAGAACAGCUCAAAUAAGCAAAGAGAAACGACAAUCCAUCAUUACUUUAAGACAUGAAGGUCAGUCAAUCCGGAAAAUGUAAAGAACUUUGAAAGUUUCUUCAAGUGCAGUUGCAAAAAGCCAUCAAGCGCUAUGACGAAACUGGCUCUCAUGAGGACCACCACAGGAAAGGAAGACCCAGAGUUACCUCUGCUGCAGAGGAAAAGUUCAUUAGUUAACUACACCUUAGAUUGCAGCCCAAAUAAAUGCUUCACAGAGUUCCAGUCACAGACACAUCUCAACAUCAAUUGUUCAGAGGAGACUGUGUGAUCAGGCCUUCAUGUUCGAAUUGCUGCAAAGAAACCACUACUAAAGGACACCAAUAAGAAGAAGAGACUUGCUUGGGCCAAGAAACACGAGGAAUGGACAUUAGACCGGUGGAAAUCUGUCCUUUGGUCUGAUGAGUCCAUAUUUUUGGUUCCAAAUGCUGUGUCUUUGUGAGAUGCAGAGUAGGUGAAUGGAUGAUCUCUGCAUGCGUGGUUCCCACCGUGAAGCAUGGAGGAGGAGGUGUUAUGGUGUGGGGGUGCUUUGCUGGUGACACUUAGUGAUUUAUUUAGAAUUCAAGGCACACUUAACCAGUAUGGCUACCACAGCAUUCUGCAGUGAUACGCCAUCCCAUCUGGUUUGGGCUUAGUGAGACUAUCAUUUGUUUUUCAACAGAACAAUGACCCAAAACACACCUCCAGGCUGUGUAAGGGCUAUUUGACCAAGAAGGAGAGUGAUGGAGUGCUGCAUCAGAUGACCUGGCCUCCACAAUCACCCGACCUCAACCCAAUAGAGAUGGUUUGGGAUGAGUUGGACCGCAGAGUGAAGGAAAAGCAGCCAACAAGUGCUCAACAUAUGUGGGAACUCCUUCAAGACUGUUGGAAAAACAUUCCUCAUGAUGCUGGUUGAGAGAAUGCCAAGAGUGUGCAAAGCUAUCAUCAAGGCAAAGGGUGGCUACUUUGAAGAAUCUCAAAUAUAACAUAUAUUUUGAUUUCUUUAACACUUUUUUGGGGUUACUACAUGAUUCCAUAUGUGUUAUUUCAUAGUUUUGAUGUCUUCACUAUUAUUCUACAACGUAGAAAAUAGUUUAAAAAAAGAAAAACCCUUGAAUGAGUAGGUGUGUCCAAACCUUUGACUGGUACUGUAUUUUUCAAAGGUAACCUUUUUGAUAUCAGUUGUGAUUAUUUGAGGACCCUCAUUAACUGUCUGUAUGCUUUUCUUCCUUUCUUUCUUUCCUUCCUUCCUUGUAGGACUGUUGGCUGGUAUGUGGGAGUUCCCUAGCCUGCUCCUGGAGGGGGAGAAUUCUGAGAUGAAACAGAGGGGGGCGCUGUGUGCUGGGGUUGGGCGAAUGUUGGGAGUCCGGCUGGACAAAGGGCUGCUCCAGUAUGUGGGGGAGGUAUGUACAGGAGACCUGGGCCUACUGUUAUGUUUUGCCCAUCAGGGACAAUAAAGAAUAUGUCCCAAAUGGCACCCUAUUGGUCCCAGCCUAUGACUAUUAUUAUUAUUAUACAUUUCUCUGGAAAAAUUCUGAAUUAAUGAUUUGUUAUUUCGACUCGUGUCAUUAUACGUUUGUAUUAGUAUGCUAAGCUGGACUUCUCCCUAAAUCAUUGCAAUUGACUGUUGCUGUUUUGCUACUGUACAGGUGGUUCAUAUCUUCUCCCACAUCCACCAGACAUAUGUUGUGUACAGCCUGUGUUUGAAUGGCUCUGGAGGUGGAGGGAAAGCCCAGAGUACUACACGCUGGCUCAUUAGAUCUUCCCUGCAGGAAGCUGCUGUAUCCACUGGAGUGAAGAAGGUUUGUAAUCAUAACUUGCUAUGAUCUACUGUGUGUUUGUGCGUGUGUCACUAAGACAAGGGUAGGAAACUAGAUUUUGCCGCGGGCCGAUUUUUCUCAGAGCGGAUGGUCGGUGGACCGAACAUAAUUGUAAUAAUUUGUACACUGCAAAUUGACCACAUGUAAGCCCAAAAAGAGAUUGUAUUUGAAAAUAUAAUUUCAUACCUUGAUUACAUUGAGACAAGAUCACGUCUCUUUUUGUUCGUGGGAAUACUUGGGAUUUUUUUUUUUUUUUUUUUGCUGAACUCCUGGUGAUUUACAGUCUUUUUUUACAAAGAACUUUGGGGGGCCAAAUAAAAUCACCCGCAGGCCUAAAGGUCAAGGCCACAUUGGGGGUUGGCUAAGGGAAUUCUAGAACCUUUACAUUGUUAUCGUUAUUACUUUAUACAUUUUUUGUGGGGGAUUUAUGUUUUAUUUCAAAUGACAUUCGCAAACAGUGCCUUCAGAAAGUGUUCACACUUUGACUAUCCACAUUUUGUUGUGUAAUGUAAAAUUACAUUGAGAUUUUUUUUCACUCAUCUACACACAAUACCCCAUAAUGUCAAAGUAGAAGUUUGUUAUCAGAUUAUUUAAAAAAAUUAUAAUAAAAAUGAAAAGAUGAAAUGUCUUGAGUCAAUAAGUAUUCAACCCCUUUGUUAUGGCAAAGCUAAAUAAGUUCAGGAGUAGAAAUGUGCAUAGCCGAUAACAUAAUAAGAUGCAUGGAUUCACUCUGUGUACAAUAAGUGGUUAACGUGAUCUUUGAAUUACUACUAAGAUUGUACCCCACGCAUACAAUUAUCUGAAAGGUACCUCAGUCGAAUAGUGAAUUUCAAGCACAGAUUCAACCAAAAAGACCAGGGAGGUUUUCCAAUGCCUUGCAAAGAAGCCCUUACAAAAAACGAUUGCAGUUUUGAAACUGCAGUAAAAGUGCAUUAACUGCAGUCGACUGUGGUAUUUUGGAUGCAGCAUACUGCAGUUAUACUGCACUCUGACUGCAAUCUUUCUUCGUAAGGGAGGGCACCGAUUGGUAGGUGGGUAAAAAUAAACAAAAGCAGAUACUGAUCCCUUUUGAGCAUGGGAUACUCAGUUGCCAGAGAGGAAGGGAACCGCUUAGGGAUUUCACCAUGAGGCCAAUGGUGAUUUUAAAACAGUUAGUUUAAUGGCUGUGAUAGGAGAACUGAGGAUGGAUCAACAAAAUUGUAGUUACUCCACAAUACUAGCUUAAAUUACAGAGUGAAAAGAAGGAAGCCUUUACAGAAUACAAAUAUUCCGAAACAUGCAUCUUGUUUGCAACAAGACAUUAAAGUAAUACUGCAAAAAUAAUGUUGGCAAAGAAACAAUAUUUUUGUCCUGAAUUCAAAGAGUAAUGUUUGAGGCAAAUCCAACACAACACAUGACGGUGUACCACUAUUUUCAAGCAUGGUGGUGGCUGCAUCAUGUUAUGGGUAUGCUUGUCAUCGGCAAGGACUGAAUAGUUUUUCAGGAUAAAAAGAAACAUAAUGGAGCUAAGCACAGGCAAAAUCCUAGAGGAAAACCUGGUUCAGUCUACUUUCCAACAGACACUUGGAGACACAUUCACCUUUUAGCAGGACAAUAACCUAAAACACAAGGCCAAAUCUACACUGAAGUUGAUUACCAAGACGACAUUGAAUGUUCCUAAAUGGCCUAGUUACAGUUUUGACUUAAAUCUGCUUAAAAAUCAACCUGGUCUCAGAGCAUUUUGUAUUAUUCUGUAUGUAAAUCCAAGACACUCCUUUAGUAUGAUAUGUCGUAUGGCAUGUAUUAAUUUAUGGCUGUCAAUCACCCAUUUCGUAUGAUAUGUUACGAAUUACAAUUUGUAUUAUAUGUUAGGUAUUUGCAAACGUAGAAUAUGUUACGAAUUUGCUGAACAUAUGAUAUUUUACAAAUUGUGGCUAGGUGGCUAACGUUAGCUAGCUGGCAAACGUUAGCAAUGCUAGGGGUUAGGGUUAGCUAAAAGGGUUAAGGUUAGGGGAAGUGUUAGCUAAAAGGGUUAGGGGAAGGGUUAGCUAACAUCCUAAGUAGUUGCAAAGUAGCUAAAAAGUAGUAAGUAGUUGCAAAGUUGCUAAUUAACUAAAAUGCUGAAGUUGUACGUGAUGAGAUUCGAACUCGCAACCUUUGGGUUGCUAGAUAUUCGUGUUAUAUGCCCUGUCAUUAUGUUUAAUUCUUAAAAACUGAUUUUUAAUUAUCUUCCACAUCGACAUUCAAGUAUUUUGUGUAGAUCGUUGACCAAAAAUGACCAAUCCAUUUUAAUUCCACUUUGUAAUGCAACAAAAUCAAGGGGUGUGAAUACUUUUGGAAGCUAUUGUAGGUUCACAUUUCACAAAUGGAGUGAAAGAUGGUGUGCAAUAAAUAUAGCCAUAUGUCUACUGCACAUAUGAGUUAGUUUUGUUAUAAGGCCACUCCCUGCCAGACAUUUCUAUUGCAUGUACUUUGAUCCACAAUGUUCCAUAAACCACUCCUUAUCUGAAUGAGGGUUUCAAAGAAAAUAGAAUUUAACUAAUUCAAUCACCUUCACUCUAUGACAAAACAUUGGACUCGGUAUCUGCCUCUACACUAUAUUUAAUCAGUCUCACCUUCUUAAAGGCCAAAUUCAGCUGUUUUUAUAUCAAUAUCAAAUCAUUUCUUGGUAACAAUUAAGCACCUUACAGUAAUAGAUUUCAAUUCAAGAUUUCCAUUUAGUGAAAAACUAUAUCUCAAGCAGGAAUUUUGCUAGUACUGUCUGGAAGUGGGGAGCGGAAAACUGAACAUUAGCGGUUUGGAACUCUAUGUUAUUGGUCUAUUAACCAAUUCACUGCAUGGUGAUGUCACCAUGGAAAGUCGAAACUCCCGGCCAUGCAAACCUGCUGAUUAGAAGGUCCUGUGUAGAUUGCAUUUUCAACCAGCAACUAUCAGCAAAUAAUACUGCUACAUUUUUUUCUCACUUUUACAGUGUUCGUUUCAUCAGCUGUUGUACAAUAUGAUAUAAAACACAGGAAAAAUAGAAUUCUGACUGCACUGAGGCUUUAACUUUUAAGAAAUAAAUUAGAACUCAUUUCAAAUCUGUAGCUGCUAAUACUUCAGUUAAUAGAGAGCUAUUCUGUUGUUUGAUCUGUCUGGACAUACUGAAGGAUCUACUUCCUGUAGACAGAGCUACUGUAUGAGCUUUAUUAAUGACCACUGUAAUCAGGAUGAUCGGAAACGUGUCUACAGCUGCUCCCAUUGCAGACAGACAUUCACCCCAAGGCCUACUCUGAAGAAAAAUAACAUGUUGGCUGAAUUAGUGGAGAAACUGAAGAAGACAGGACUCCAAGCUGCUUCUCCUGCUCACUGUAAGCUGGACCUGGAGAUGUGGAGUGUGACGUCUGCACUGGGAGGAAGCAUUUCAACGCUUUGAGUUAUCUUGUGUGCCUGGCCUCAUACUGUGAGACUCACCUCCAGCCUCACUAUGAAUCUCCUGCCUUUAAGAAGCACAAGUUGGUCAAAGACACUACAGGAGAAGAUCUGCUCUCAUCAUGACAAACGACUGGAUGUUUAUUGAGGUACUGAUCAGCAGUGUAUCUGUCUGCUGUGUACAAUAGAUAAACAUAAAGGCCAUGACAGUCUCGGCUGCAGCAAAAAAGGACUGAGAAACAGAAUCGGGGGAAAUUGAGACAGGACCCAUUCCAACAGAUAAUAAAAGAAAAGCAGGGGAAGAGUUUAGAAAAGCUAUGGUGUCACUGAAACAUUCUACUAAGGCCACAGUGGAGGACAGUCAGAGCAUCUUAACUGAGCUGAUCCGUUCCAUUGAGAGAAGGCUGUAUGAGGUUAAGGACCAGAUCAGAGCCCAGGAGAAGGUUGAAGUGAGUCAGGCUGAAGGACUCCUGGAGCGACUGGAGCAGUAGGUGGCUGAGCUGAAGAGGAGAAACAUUGAGCUGGUGCAGCUCUCACGCACAGAGGACAACAUCCAUUUCCUCCGGAGGUACAAGGAUCACUGUGACCCUCCUGUGUUUGAAGAAUCACCUCGCACCACCAUUUACAGUUGUUGUAGUUUUGGGAAAGCAAAGAAUUCUGUCUGUCGGAACUGAAGCAGCAGGCAGAGAGCUAUUGUAAGAAGGGAGUGGUGGUCAUAAUCGCGGCAGUACAAGCUGUGAAAUCUGUCCAAAAGGAAAUGGCAAUAGUAAAAUAUUGUGAGUAAAAUUAUUCUUGUUGUCAAUGCUAUCACGUCUAUGACUUAGUACUAAUCAACAGUUUGUGUUGCAUUUUACUUUCACAGUUGUCUGAACUUGCAUUUGAUUUGUCUACAGCUUGCUUCUUUGUAAUAUUAUAUCUGUACCACCAGUUAUCUAUUAAGAGGUAUGUGUGUAACUCCUCCCUUAAUUAACACAUUUCUAUGUAGGCCUACUCUGUUGCUUUAACUGGUUUCUGAAUGUUUAUUUGAUUCAGCAUCCUUUUGGGAUUUGUAAAGAUUGUAUUCAAAUUAAACAUACACUGAGUGAACAAAACAUUAAGAACACCUUUCUACUAUUGAGUUGCACCCCCUCCCUUUUUGCCCUCAGAACAGCCUAAAUUAAUCGGGGCAUGGACUCUACAAGGUGUCGAAAGCGUUCCACAGGGAUGCUGGCCCAUGUUGACUCCAAUGCUUCCCACUAUUGUGUCAAGCUGGCUGGAUGUCCUUUGGGUGGUGGACCAUUCUUGAUACACACUAUCUGUGAAAAACUCUGCAGUGUUGCAGUUCUUGACACAAACCAGUGCGCCUGGUACCUACAAUCAUACCCCGUUCAAAGGCACUUAAAUAUUUUGUCUUGCCCAUUCACCCUUUGAAUGGUGCACAUACACAAUCCAUGUCUAGGUUGUCUCUAGGCUUAAAAAUCCUUUAACCUGUCUUCUCCACUUCAACUAGACUGUUUGAAGUGGAUUUAACAAGUGACAUCAAUAAGGGAUCACCUGGAUUCACCUGGUUAGUCUGUCAUGGAAAGAGCAUGUUCAUAAUGUUAAACUGAGUAACUUUAGAAGUCCAUAACGGUUCCUAAGUGUGACAUGUUCCUCUUCUUGUCUCAUUUUCUUCAACUAAAUUUCCUUGGGUGGAAACAAAACAGUGCCCCCCACAAAGAGUCCCGCAUGAAUCAAUAUUUUACUCUCAGGACAAGAUAGUUUCCUCUGUACUCUGGAUUACAACUAUCUAGCGCCCAUGCAGUCUUUUAAUUGUAUUUUUAAAUCAUCACUGUAUGUCUAAUACAUCACUGUGUGUUUAUUUCAUGAAAAUAACUCCAAAUAUAUUUAUUUGCAUUUAUUUCCCUGAGCCUCCUUUUUACAUUUAACAUUUUAGUCAUUUAGCAGACACUCUUAUCCAGAGCGACUUACAGUUAGUGAGUGCAUACAUUUUCAUACUGGUCCCCCGUGGGAAUCGAACCCACAACCCUGGCGUUGCAAGCGCCAUGCUCUACCAACUGAGCUAUACGUGUGGGCAUGUUGAUACAAAUGUAAAUAUAUUUACAUACACAUCCCUGAUUGGUAGAUGUAUCCCCCUCAAAGUGGAUACAUAUGCAAAUAAAAGUUUACUGGUCAUUUGUCAGAAUAAUCAUAUCAGAUUGUGAUGUCAUGCUGUGGGCUAAAAACUCCAUCUCACCUGAAUAAACUUUUUGAAAGCUCUUACACUAAAAGGGCAUUAUCAUAAUUUUCUCAAUUUCAGAGUGUUAUUUCGACCUCAUAGUGUGGAAAUACCAGUAAGAAAAACAGGAAAAUCUGGUUUUUGACUGCACUUCCCCUUUAAAAAUGACAAAAACUAAAUUGAAACUGUGUAGAAAUUAUAAUGGACCUACACUACUGGUCAAAGGUUUUAGAACACCUACUCAUUCAAGGGUUUUUCUUUAUUUUUACUAUUUUCUACAUUGUAGAAUAAUAGUAAAGACAUUAAAACUAUGAAAUAACACAUAUGGAAUCAUGUAGUAACCAAAAAAGUGUUAAACAAAUCAAAAUAUAUUUGAGAUUUGAGAUUCUUCAAAUAGCCACUCUUUGCCUUGAUGACAGCUUUGCACACUCUUGGCAUUCUCUCAACCAGCUUCAUGAGGUAGUCACCUGGAAUGCAUUUAAAUUGACUGUAAGUCGCAUUGGAUAAAAAGCGUCUGCCAAAUGGCAUAUUAUUAUUAUAUAAAUUAACAGGUGUGCCUUCUUAAACGUUCAUUUGUGGAAUUUCUUUCCUUCUUAAUGCGUUUGAGCCAAGCAGUUGUGUUGUGACAAGGUAGGGGGGUAUACAGAAGAUAGCCCUAUUUGGUAAAUACCAAGUCCAUAUUAUGGCAAGAACAGCUCAAAUAAGCAAAGAGAAACGACAGUCCAUCAUUACUUUAAGACAUGAAGGUCAGUCAAUACAGAAUAUUUCAAGAACUUUGAAAGUUUCUUCAAGUGCAGUUGCAAAAACCAUCAAGCGCUAUGAUGAAACUGGCUCUCGAGGACCACCACAGGAAUGGAAGACUCAGAGUUACCUCUGCUGCAGAGGAUAAGUUCAUUAGAGUUACCAGCCUCAGAAAUUGCAGCCUAAAUAAAUGCUUCAGAGACUUCAAGUAACAGACACAUCUCAACAUCAACUGUUCAGAGGAGACUGUGUGAAUCAGUCCUUCAUGUUCGAAUUGCUGCAAAGAAACCACUACUAAAGGACACCAAUAAUAAGAAGAGACUUUCUUGGGCCAGAAACACAAGCAAUGGACAUUAGACUGGUGGAAAUGUGUCAUUUGGUCUGGAGUCCAAAUUUGAGAUUUUUGGUUCCAACCGCCGUGUGUUUGUGAGACGCGGUGUGGGUGAACGGAUGAUCUCUGCAUGUGUAUUUCCCAUAGUAAAGCAUGGAGGAGGAGGUGUUAUGGUGUGGGGGUGCUUUGCUGGUGACACUGUCUGUGAUUUAUUUAGAACUCAAGGCACACUUAAUCAGCUUGGCUACCACAGCAUUCUGCAGCUAUACGCCAUCCCAUCUGGUUUGGGCUUCGCGGGACUAUCAUUUGUUUUCAACAGGACAAUGACCCAAGACACCUCCAGGCUGUGUAAGGGCUAUUUUAUCAAUAAGGAGAGUGAUGGAGUGCUGCAUCAGAUGACCUAGCCUCCACAAUCCCCCGACCUCUACCCAAUUGAGAUGGUUUGGGAUGAGUUGGACCGUAGAGUGAAGGAAAAGGAGCCAACAAGUGCUCAGCAUAUGUGGGAACUCCUUCAAGACUAUUGGAAAAGCAUUCCAGGUGAAGCUGGUUGAGAGAAUGCCAAGAGUGUGCAAAGCUGUCAUUAAGGCAAAGGGUGGCUAUUUGAAGAAUCUCAAGUGUAAAAUAUAUUUUUUGGUUACUACAUGAUUCCAUAUGUGUUAUUUCAUAGUUUUGAUGUCUUCACUAUUAUUCUACAAUGUAGAAAAUAGUAAAAAUAAAGAAAAACCCUUGAAUGAGUAGGUGUUCUAAAACUUUUGACUGGUAGUGUACAUUUAUACCGUUUCCUGACUGACCAGCUCACAAAUAAUCACCUAAAUUAAAGCUAGACAGUCAGGGAGUAUCAAAUUCCAAAAACGAUGGAUAGAGGACUAUCUUUGCAAAUUUUGACAGCGAGGAAAUAUAUCCCUUUUUUGGGGGGGCCCUCCGGACCUCGUUGAAGACCGGAUGCGGCCCCCGGUGCAACAUUUGUUUGACACCCCUGAUCUAGGGUGUGUGUGUGUGUGUUUGUAUGUGCAGAGUUUUGUGAUUAGAACUGUGAAGGUGAACAAGAAUAGUAAUGUGUCAUUUAUCUCUUGCAGAUCAUGAAGCUGUACGACACUAUGGAGGAUCAAGAGGGACAAACUACCAAGGUAUUUCACUACAUCACAUUCAUUAGCAGGACACCCUUAUCCAGAGUGAAUAUGAUUAUACUGUAUUCUGAAUGUAUACCUGAGAAUCCUUCUGUAUUGACACCUAGACUAAAUGACCCAUUGAUGACCAAUACUGAUGCCAAUGGUAACUCUUCUCUGUUCUUGUCUCUGUCCGGAUGGGAAACAGAAGAAGGCUACUAACGCUAAGAGUGACGGACAGCACAAGUCUAAAAAGCUCAAAGACAAUUCAUCAAACAGUGGGACCAGACAGCUGUCACUCAGUUCCUUCUUCAAGAGCCCAAAACAAGAAUAUUGA